UCUCAGCACCCCGGCGUCGCCUGGUGUGUGUUACGGCAAGGCUUGUUGUCGCUGCUGUUCGUCGGUGCUCUCAUAUGAAGGCGUUUGUCUGUUUUAUGUAAGAUUGCCAGAUCAAGGCUGAGGAAAACGCAAAGUUAUUUGUAUCAUUUGAAUGUGUAGAACGUGCUUAACUAGUGUGUGUGUGUUAACGACAAUGUUAAAAGGAACAAUUUAAGAAGAAAUUGUGUUCAAAGAAAGAAGCGUUAAAACAAACACAGCACAAAAGCGGCUUACACGGGAGAGGUCCAGCCCUCAGUAAAUACCAUGUCAUAGUGAGGUGAAUGUGAAGUGUAAGAUUUGUUGCUGGUGACCGUGCCAGAUAGGGUCAUCGGGCAUCACCACAGACAUUACAUAUGGAGGAGGGGAGGUCACCACCCUCCACGACCCACGCCCACGGGCUGGUCAGUGACGGCGAUGAGGCCUCGGCGAACAUCUCCAACCACGCCCACAGCCUGCUGGUCGUGGAGGGGGAGGGCUUACCUGUGAUCGCAGGACUCAUUCACGAAUCGGAGAGAGAAGACACCGAAUCACCAAAUCUGGAUAGCUUGCUGUCUUUAUUGAGACAUGAGAUCGAGUCUCCAGCCACAGAGUUCAUUGGCAUUCUGGAGACUGGACUGGGUCAAGAGAGAGCCUCACCAAGUUCCGAUAGUUUAGAGGUUCAGGUGGAGCAAGGGGAGAGAGAGUCACCCACAUUCGAUAGUUUGGAAAGUAUAAUGAGCGACAGAGAAAGAGAACUGCCAUAUCCUGCAGUUUCAAGGCUGUCGUGUCGAAUAGGGGAAACGAAGUCAGCGAGUUCCGACAGCCUUGAGGAGGUUGCAGGAGUCAAGGGCAACACUUCAGAUGAAAGCUUCGACAGCCUUGACAGUGUCACAAGGAAAAGAAAGGGCAUAGCGACGAGUUUCGACAGUCUGGAUGGCUUCGCAAGGGGAAGUGCAAAGGAAUCACAAAGUUCCGAUAGUUUGGAAAAUUUAAUGGAAGACACAGGUGAAUGUUCACGAAGAAGAAAUGGCGAGGGGGACAAGAAGGGAUCUCAAACUUUCAUCAGCGAAAUGAAAGUGGCUUACACUUUCAAGAAGGGGAAGCGGUCAGGAGAGUGGAAAAUCCCAAAAUCCUUUAGCAGUAGUGCGACGGAAAGUGCUGCUACAAAAGGGGAUUCGUGUGACGCCAAAACACCUUCGGGAAUAACUACGAGAACUCAGAUCAUCGAUAUCCAUGUGUCAAGUGAAGGUGAGUCUCCGGGUUCUGACAGUCACACCACUAUUGGAGGAGGGUCGUCAAAGUCUGACACCUACACUGCAAUUCAGGAGUCUCCCGCUUUCGGUAGCCUCACGACUGUUGGAGGAGAGACUGGAAGUCAUGACAGCUCAACGUCCAUUGGAGGAGAGACUAAAAGUCAUGACAGUUACUCAUCUACUGGACGAAAGACUGAAAGUCAUGACAGUUACUCAUCUGCUGGAGGAGGGACUAAAAGCCAUGACAGUUAUUCAUCUGCUGGAGGAGAGACGAAAAGUCAUGGCAGUUACUCAUCUGCAGGAGGAGAGACUAAAAGUCAUGACAGUUACUCAUCUGCUGGAGGAGACACUAAAAGUCAUGACAGUUACUCAUCUGCUGGAGGAGACACUAAAAGUCAUGACAGUUACUCAUCUGCUGGAGGAGAGACUAAAAGUCAUGACAGUUACUCAUAUGCCGGAGAGACUAAAAGUCAUGACAGUUACUCAUCUGCCGGAGAGACUAAAAGUCAUGACAGUUACUCAUCUGCUGGAGGAGAGACUAAAAGUCAUGACAGUUACUCAUCUGCCGGAGGAGAGACUAAAAGUCAUGACAGUUACUCAUCCGUUGAAGGACAGACUAAAAGCCAUGACAGUUAUUCAUUUGCCGAAGAAGAGACUAAAAGUCCUAGCAGGUAUUUAUCUGUUGGGGAAGAGACCUCAAGUCCUGACAUAUAUACAUCUAUUGCUGGAGAGACUAAAAUUCAUGACAGUUAUACAUCUGAUGGAGGAGCAACUGGGCUUGACAGUUACAUCGAAACAGAAUCACUAAUUUCCUUCAACAUCAGAACAGCUGAAGGAGACUCUGUAAUUACUGAUAGCAUAAUAACAGUUAAAAGAGAGUCUCCAAUUUCUGUCGAUCAUAUAUUAGAUGAAGGGGAACCUCUAAGCAUUAGCAGUUACACUCCGGGUGAAACAGAAUCCCCGGUACCUGAAAGUCACACAACUAACGGAAGAAGAUCCCCUACUCCUGCCACUGACACACCGGCAGAUAUAGAGUCCUUAGUUUCUGAUCGUUUUAGUACUAGAGAAGGGGAGUCUCCAAUCCCUAACAGUUACACUUCCAUUGAAGAAGAGUUUUAUGCCUCGGGCAGCCUCAGGCCUGAUAUGGAGGAGUCUUCAGACCCUGACGUUCAUACACCAUCCUCUGUACAAUCUCUUGCACCUGGCAGUCGCAUGUCCCUCGAGGAUGAAUCUCUCACCAAUGUUAGUCAAACGGUCACUGAAAGUGUCUCGUCGAGAUCUGUUAGUCAUACCUCUUUUGAAGGGGAUAGUUCAUCCGCCGGCAUAUGUGCAUUUGAGGGGCGAGAACCUUCGGUCUCAGAUGAGGUACCAUCUGCAUCACCUGCAUCUGAUAGUUACAACCCUGUUGAUGAAGGGACUUUAAAUUCUCUUCGUGAUAUUGUUCAUGAAGGGCCAUCAAGGUCUCCAGUUCUUGACAUCUAUAGGCCUAUUGAGGGAGACACUCUACUUCCUUACAGUCACAUUCCACUUGCAGGAGAGUUUCCAAUUCUUGGUAGUUACACAAUGACCGAUUAUGAGUCUUUGGUACCUGAUGACAGUACAACCGCAGGAAAGUUUCCAGCUUCCAGAAGACCUGGAACCUCAGAAAGAGAGUCUUCACUACCUGAUAGUCAUACUCUUUCUGAAGGAAAGGUUCUUCCUAAUGGUCAAGGGACAGUUGCAGAACUUCCAAUACUUAACAGUCAUACAGUAACCAAAGGAAAGCCUCCUUUGCCUGAUGUUGGUAGAAGUCAUACGACUGAAAAAAAGACUCCAUUGCAUGACAGACUCGUUUAUUCUGAAGGCGAGUCUCCCUCUCUUGACAGUCGCAUAACUUUAACAGAAGAUUCCAUAGUCCAAACCUAUUCAAGUUCAGAAUCUCUAACUUCCGACAGUCAAAUGACAGGAGAAUCUUCAAUGACUGGCAGCCAUACAGCUUCUGUAGGAAUAGUUUCAAUGCCUGGUAGCUCUAAAAGUGCAAAAGCGGAGUCUCCAUUGUCUGACAGCCAAACAACUGCCGAGGAAGAAUUACUGAUGACUGGCAGCCUUUCAACUUCUGUAGAUGAACCUCCAAUUCCAAGUUAUCCUCUAAUGCCUGCCAGCCACAUGACAACAGAGAGGGAGUCACUAAGCCCUAGCAGUCGUUCUCCUUCUGUAGGAGAGGCUUCAACUUCUGACAGCUACACGACAACAGAGAGGCAGUCACCCUUACCUGGGAGCCGCGUUCCUUCUGUAGGAGAGGCUUCCAUUCUUGAUAAUUAUACGACUACGGAGAGGGAGUCACCAAAGCCUCUGGGUCGUGCUUCUUCUGUAGAAGGGACUUCAACGCUUGAUAGUUGCACGGUUUCGGAGAGGGAGUCACCAAAGCCUGGCAGCCGUACUCUUUCUGUAGAAGAGGCUUCAUUAUCUGAGAGCCGCACAGCUAAAGAGAGGGAGUCACCAAGGCCUGGCAGACAUACUCCUUCUGUAGAAGAGAUGUCAACGCUUGACAGCCACACGACUACAGAGAGUGAGUCAUCAAGGCCUGGCAGCCGUGCUCCUUCUGUAGGAGAGUCUCUCACUCCUGACGCACAGACAAAUGACAAUAAAGUUAUUUCAUCCCCUGACGGUCUAACAACUUCUGAGGAAGAAAUUUCAACACCUGACAGCCGCAUAACCUCAGCAGGAGAGUCUUCACUGACUUACAGUCACACCGCCAUGGAACGGGGAGAUAAAGAGGAGACGGCGAGUCUUCGUAGUGAGACAGACAUAGAAGGAGAGUCACAGAGCUCAGCUGGAAGACCAACCGUGGGGAAAGAGGACAAGGGAAGCCGGUUUAGCAUGGAGGAAAGUCCUGACAGCCAGGCGGCGCCGGAGGGGGGAAUAGGUCUGGCACCAAGCGCUGACGUCCAGGCGUCCUUAGAAGGGAAAGCGGAAAAGGAAUCAGCAUCUGAGAGUCAUGUGAGACUCAAGGAAAGGGAAUCCACCGGUGAUCACCAUGAUGACAGCCUUUUGUUUGUAAUGAGAGAUGGUCGAGCUUACAUCCAGCAGGGCGUACAGAGGAUCCAAGGUCCCACCCAGAUGAUGCCCGUGGGUCUGCCAGCCGGGGCGUCACCACCAGUGUUCGAGCAGAUCUUCCGAAAUGCUCGCUUUGCCCAGGGCGGCGAUGCCAUGUUCGAGGGCAAAGUCCAGGGCAACCCGAAGCCCACCGUCACCUGGACCCGCAAGGGCGCACAGAUUGUGUCCGGAAACAAAUAUCAGGUGACACACGAUGAGAACACAGGUGUGGUGACCCUUAAUAUCACCGCCAUCGGCCCCGGCGACGAGGGCGAGUACACUUGCACAGCAGCCAACCAGUACGGCGAGGCCAUCUGCACCGUCUAUAUCCAGCCUGAGGCGGCCUACAUGAUGCAGCAGCAACGUCAGUCCAUGCAGAUGCAACAAAGUAAGUCCAUGAUGCAGCAACAGCAGAUGUCGCAAACAUUUUCGCAGCAGCAGCAACAGAUGAUGUCGGUGCAAAAUGGACAUAUGGAGUCGUUCCGCGUGGACACCUUCGAAUACAGACUGCUUCAUGAAGUGGAGUUCCGUCGCUCUCUGACAAUCACCGUGGCUGGAGAGCUGGAGGUGGACCUUGGCGCUAUCCAGGGUCCUCCUCAGGCUCCUCAGCUCCAGCAGAAGCCACGUUCCACUAAGGUCUCCGACGGAGGCAACGCCACCUUCACCGUCAACGUUAACGGCUACCCGACUCCCAGGGUUAUCUGGUUUAAGAACGGCGUCGGUCUUCAGCAAAGCGACAAAUACCUGAUGACUCAGUCCGCCGGCCAGGUGACCCUGGUGGUGAAGCAGGUGAACUCACAGGACAGCGGCUACUACACAAUGCUGGCCGAGAACUCCUCUGGGUGCACCGUGGCUUCCGCUCAGCUAGCUGUGGUGCCCCGGGGCGAGGUCACCAACGGUGCCCCAUCUCCUGAAGUUAUCCGUCCUGAACGGAUUGAGCAGCAGCAGGCUCAACAGCAAAUGGAGGUGGACACCGGAGAGGAAAGCGGCAAGUCCUUGGAACCCAAGUUCGUCCGGGGCCCCGCUGACCGCGAAGUCCAGGAGGGCAAAAUGGUGCGCUUCGACGCCCGCUGCUCCGGCAGGCCCUAUCCUGAGGUCACUUGGUACAUCAAUGGCCAGCUGGUAGUAGACGAUGCCACCCACAAGGUUUUAGUUAACGAGGCAGGUAAUCACUCCCUCAUGAUCAGCAAGGCUUCCCUUAGCGAUGCCGGCGUCAUCACCUGCGUCGCCAAGAACAAGUCUGGCGAAGCUAACUUCCAGUGCCAGCUUAAUGUGCUGGAGAUGCAGCAGAUGGUUGCCCCCAAAUUCGUGGAGAGAUUCCAACAGGGCGCCGUGGCCGAGGGAGAGACGGUUGUUCUUCAGUGCCGUGCCGUCGGCACUCCCAUGCCCUUCCUCACAUGGCAGAAGGACGGAGUCUCCGUUGAGAAUAACCCUAAUGUCAUGGUUCAGAGUGACCAGAACGGCGCAUCGACACUGCAGAUCCUGAGCGCCAGCGCUUCUGAUGCCGGCUGGUAUCAGUGCAACGCUCAGAACUCCGCCGGCUCCGCGGCCACCCGCGCCCGUCUCCACGUGCAGUCCACCAAGCCUUCCGGCCCCGCCCAACCUCAGAGGCCCCACUUCCCGAGGCCCGUCAAAUUCAUCGAACCUGAACCCGAACCCGAACCUGAGGUGAUCAUGCUGCGCCCCGUCGAGAGGGCCCACCACGUGCCUAAGGCCCCCGAGGAGGAGCAGCCCGUUGAACCCCCCAAGUUCACCCAUCCCCUGAGGGAUAUCGACAUCGUCGAGGGCACCCGCGCCCACUUCGAGGCCAAGGUGACCCCCGUCGGCGACGCCACCAUGAACAUUGAGUGGCUCAUUGACGGCAAGCCCCUUGCUGCCAGCUCCCGAGCGACUGUCACUUACCGCUUCGGUUUCGUGGCCCUUGACAUCCUCAACGUGAUCAAGGCCGACGCUGGCGUGUACACCUGCCGUGCCACCAAUGCCAAGGGGCAGGCCGAGACUUCCGCUAACCUUAGGAUUACAGAGCGCCCCCUGAUUGAAAGCCAGACUCAGCACCCCGAGGCGCUGCAGCAGAUCAGCUACCUGGAGGACCAGUCCAGGUACCAGCGCACCGUCUCCAUCGAGGAAUCUUCCACGAUCAAGCCCUCCUUCGUCAAGCCUCUCGCCAACCUGGGCGAAGUCAUGGAGGGAAAGUAUGCUCACUUCGAGGCUCAACUUCACCCCGUCAGCGACCCCUUCAUGAGGAUCGAAUGGUUCAAGGAUGGAAAACCCAUCACUGCCAGUUCUCGCAUCAAUGUAAUCUACAACUUCGGUUAUGUGGCUCUUAACAUCAUGCACCUUCGUCCCGAGGACAGCGGCACCUAUACCGUGCGUGCCACGAACAAGGCAGGAGAGUGCCAGUGCCAGGCUUCCAUUCAAGUCAUCACUCUGUCCAGCGUCACAGGAGACCUUGGCAUCCCCGAACAAGCUCAGCAUAUCAGGAGUGUUGAGGAGAUGGAAGCUUACAGGCUCCAAAUGCAACAGAGAACUGCUCAGGAAAUCGCGGAGGCUACUACUGCUCCCGUAUUCAAGACAGAGCUCAAGGACGCCACGGCUCGGGAGGGCGGCUAUGCCCACUUCGAGGCCCGCUUGGAGCCCAUUGGUGAUCCUAACCUCAAAGUCGAGUGGCUGAAGGACGGACGACCCAUUGAAGCAAGUUCUCGUAUUACAUCUUUCUUCAAUUUUGGCUAUGUUGCCUUGACUGUGAAGGCCCUUAUUAUCCAGGACGCAGGCACCUACACCUGCGUUGCCAAAAACAGCAAGGGCGAGGCUCAGGUCACUGCUCAGCUCACUGUCCUCUCCAAGACUGACACUGAAGUAGAGACUCAGUACCAGGAAACGGUCGCUAAGAUGCAAUACUUGGAGGAUUCCACCCGCUACCAGAAGACAGAGACUGAGGAGACAUCCGCAGUCACAAUACCCCCCAAAUUCUUGGGUCCCCUCAAGGGAACCAACAAGAUUGUUGAGGGACAGAAGGCUCACUUCGAGAUCCGCCUUGAGCCCCAGAGUGACCCAACCAUGACCGUUGAGUGGUAUUUCAAUGGACAGGUGAUCAUGUCUGCUUCUCGCAUCAAGACUUACCACGACUUCGGCUACGUGUCACUUGACAUUUCUGACGUCCGUCAGUCUGAUGCUGGUCAGUACACUGUCUUGGCUCGCAAUGCUCUCGGCCAGGCACAGAUGUCCAGCAUCAUGACCGUUGAGACACGCUCGGCCAUCGACACAACUUCUAUGCACGAGGUGACACUGAGCAAGACCAGUGCGAUGGAACGUCGUCAUCAGGAGCCUCAGUAUGACAUUGAGGAGAUUUCAAGGUCCAAGCCUGAAUUCACACAGCUUCUGUCUGAUCCCAAGCCCUUGCCAGAGGGUAAGAAUGUCCACCUGGAAGCUCGUUUGGAACCCAUGAACGACCCAACCAUGAAGGUCGAGUGGUUCUUCAAUGGAAAGCCCAUCACCAUUGGUUCCCGCUUCAAGACCUACUUCGAUUUUGGCUUCGUUGCUCUCGAUAUCAUCGGAGCUUACACCACUGACUCCGGCGAGUACACCUGUCGCGCCGAAAACAUGCUUGGCAGCGCACACACUUCAUCAUGUGUUCGCGUCAUUGGUACCAGCGACGUUCUCUCUGAAUCCAUGCACGACAACGCCAUGGAGCAGAUCCAUUACCUGGAAGAUGCUUCGCGCCAUCAGCGCUCCAUGCAUGAGCAAACAGAGAUCAAUGAAGCCCCCACAUUCGUCAAGUCCCUGAAGAAUAUUGAAACCAUUGAAGGCACCAACAUUCAUCUUGAGGCCCGUCUGAAGCCUGUAGGAGACUCAUCUAUGAGGAUCGACUGGUUCUUCAAUGAUGAACCACUUAAAGUUGGACAUCGUUUCAGGCCUGCAUAUGAUUUCGACUAUGUAGCCCUGGAUCUUCUGAGUGUGUAUCCUAUAGACUCCGGCAUUUAUACUUGCAGGGCUACUAACAAACUCGGACAGGCUGUCACCUCAGCUUCGGUCAAAGUCACGGCCAAGAAGGAUCUAGUGUUCGACUCAGAGCACCCAGAUAGUCUGCAGAAACUUCAGUACCUCGAUGAUAGUUCACGGUACCAAAGGCGAGAAACCAUGGAGGAAGUUUCCGUGAAAAUCAAGCCCCGUUUCCUCACCCAACUAAAGAGCGUGACGCUGAAGGAGGGCAUGAAUGCGCACUUCGAGGCCAAGAUCGAACCCAUCACCGACCCGAACCUCAGGAUUGACUGGUACAGGAACGGAAUGCCGAUCCAGCUUGGCUCGCGUUUCCGCCUGAUCCACGACUUUGGCUACGUGGCUUUAGAUAUAUCGCGCGUGAUCGAGGAGGACUCCGGCACAUACACUUGCGUGGCAACCAACUUGAUGGGCAAAGAUGAGAUCACGGCCGACCUUAAGGUUUUGAAUUCUGCGAGCAUCGUGAUGGAGUCCCAGAACCAGACCAUGACGAUGGAGCAGCUGCAGAUGCUGGAAGACCGCAGCAAAUACUCCCGCACUGAGCAGGUCGAGGAGACCACCAAGCAGGCUCCCGUCUUCACCACGUCCCUGAAGAAUAUCGAGAUCCUUGAGGGCCAGCGCGCCCACUUCGAACUGAAGCUCAUCCCCACCUCCGACCCGACCAUGAAGGUGGAGUGGUUCCAUAACAACGUCCCCGUGAAAAGUGGUUCUCGCUUCACCGAGUACAACGACUUCGGCUUCGUUGCUUUGGACAUCAUGUACUGCUACGCCGAGGACUCUGGUACCUACACCUGCGUGGCUACCAACUGCAUGGGCCAGGCUAUGUCGACUGGCAAUCUCGUGUGCCAUACGAAGGAAACCAUCCUGUCAGACACCAUGAACCAAGAGGCCAUGAGCAAGAUCUCCCGCCUGGAAUCCUCUCGCACCCAGCGAACCAUCACCACCGAGGAGAUCACCAUGCAGGCCCCUGUGUUCACCGCGCCUCUCAGGGACCAGCAGCUCAUCGAGAACGCUCCUCUCCACUUCGAGGCCCGUCUCAUUCCCGUCGGCGACCCCGACCUCAAGGUCGAAUGGUUCAAGAACAACGUGCCAAUCCAGCAGGCGAACCGCAUCUCCACCAUGCACGACUUCGGCUACGUCGCCCUCGACAUGAAGUACGUCAACCCAGAGGACUCCGGCACCUACACCUGCCGCGCCACCAACCGUCUGGGUCAGGCCGUCACCACAGCCUCGCUCGUCGUGACAUCCAAGGAAGCCCUUCUCCUGGAAACUCAGCACAGCGAAGCCCUGGAGAAGCUCCGCUAUCUCGAAGACUCCUCCCGCUACACCAAGUCCACCACCGAGGAGACUGUGAUCACUCAGGCUCCCAAGUGAGUACACGGGGAUAUACACACACUCGAACGCACGCGCGCGCACAUAUACAUACAUAUACAUACAUAUACAUACAUAUACAUACAUAUACAUACAUAUACAUACAUAUACAUACAUAUACAUACAUAUAGGACAAUGUAUGACUUCGGCUUCUGCGCCAUGGAUAUCCUUCAAGCAGUGGCUGAAGACUCUGGCACUUACGAAGUCAGGGCUACCAACCGCAUCGGAACAGCCACUUCAUCAAUUACCAUUGAAGUUAAGCCCAAGAGCGACUUCAUUGUAGAGACGCAGCACCCUGAGGCCAUGGCCAAAAUCACCAGGCUGGAGCAGAAGGCCCCCCACAGACUCCCUGAGGACUCCGUGGUGAUCGAGAAGCCCAACUUCGGCCGCCCUCUGAGGAACCAGGACCAUCUGAUCGAGGGCCAGUCCAUCCACAUGGAGGCUACCCUCACCCCUGUCAACGACCCGACCAUGAAGGUCGAAUGGUUCUUCAAUGGACAGCCCAUUCCUCAAGGCCAUCGCUUCCGCACAACCUACGAUUUCGGUUUCGUGGCUCUGGACAUCCUGUACGCCUACCCCGAGGACUGUGGCACGUACAUGUGCAAGGCGACCAACGCCGCGGGCCAGGCUGUGACCUCUUGCAGCAUCAAGGUGGAGGGUACCGGAAGCAUGCAGCUGGGUACUGUAGACGAAGAGCGCAUGCGCAAGAUUCGUCAGCUGGAAGCCAUGGGCCACAAGUCCGAAGAAAUCAAGGACCAGGUCUUCCAGAAGCCCGUGUUCACCACUCCUCUCAACAGCGUGGAUAACCUGGUUGAGGGCGAGCGCUGCCAUCUUGAGUGCCGCCUCGAACCCAUCAACGACCCUGAUCUCAAGGUCGAGUGGUACGUCAAUGGUGUUGAGAUCAAGGCUGGUCACAGGUUCCGCACCACCCAUGACUUCGGCUACGUUGCCUUGGACAUCCUUUAUUCUUAUGCUGAGGAUUCUGGCACUUACCUCUGCAAGGCCACCAACAAGAUGGGCGAGGCUGUUAAUUCUUGCAAUGUUACAGUCUCUGCUCGUCGCUCCAUCUACCUGGAUACUCAGCACCCGAUGGGCUGGGAGAAGAUCCAAAACCUGGAACAGCGCGGCCGCUACGAGCGCAUCGAAGUCUCUGAUGUGCCCAUGCAGCCACCACGAUUCACAUCUGAGCUUAGGGCCAAUAACACCUUGCUUAACGAGGGCCAGCACGUGCACUUGGAGGGCCGCGUGGAGCCCGUGCACGACCCAAGCAUGAGGGUCGAGUGGUACCACGAGGGCAAGGCUCUGCAAUCAGCCGCUCGCUUCCAUACCACCUUCGACUUCGGUUACGUCGCUCUGGACAUCACCACCGUGUAUGCCGAAGACUCUGGCGAGUACACCUGCCGCGCCUUCAACCACAUGGGCGAGGCCCAGUCCUCUGUCUCCUUCAGGGUGGAAGGCAAGGAGGGCGUGAUCACCGAAUCCGCCCGUCCUGAGGGCCUCGAGAAGAUCCGCGAGUUGGAGGACUCCGCUCGCGUUGGCCGCCAGGUGUCCGAGGAAGUACGCACCUUCCAGCGCCCUGUGUUCACUCAGCCUCUGCAGAACCUGGACAACCUCACAGAGAACGAGACCGCCCACUUCGAGUGUCGUCUCAUCCCUGUCGGGGAUCCCAACCUCAAGGUUGAAUGGUUCAGGAACGAGAAGCCCAUUGAGACCAGUUCACGUAUCAACCGCACUCACGACUUCGGCUACGUGGCCCUUGACAUCACUGGCGUACGAGCUGACGACGAAGGCAUCUACAUGUGCCGCGCCUACAAUGAUCUUGGCGAAGCUGUCACCACAGCUUCCAUCAAGAUCAAAUCUCACGCCACCAUCCAGAUGGAGACGCAGCAUCCAGAAGGCAUGAAGAAGAUUCAGGCUCUGGAAGAACGCAAAACAACUGGCCGUGGCGAUGAAGCCGACAAGAUUUACGAGAAGCCAGUAUUCACGGCCACCCUGGCUGGACCCGCCCAGAUCAUGGAGGGCCAGAGUGCUCACUAUGAGUGCCGUGUAGUGCCGGUGGGUGACCCCAACAUGAGAUACGAGUGGUACUGCAACGGCGUUGAGCUCAAGAUGGGUUCAAGGUUCAAGACAACCAGUGACUUUGGAUACGUGACACUGGACAUUCUUCAGUGCGUCGCUGAGGACUCAGGUGUCUACAUGUGUAAGGCCAUCAACCUGGCUGGAGAAGCCGUCAGCUCCUGCUCCACCAGGGUUCUGGCCAAGGACAGCAUCCUGGGCGACGUCCUUCACCCAGGCUGGGAAACUAUCAAGCUCCGCGAGGCUCAGUGGAACCGCGUGCCUCAGACACCAACCUCUCCCGAGGCUCUGGAGCCACCCAUGUUCACAAAGCACCUGGAGAGCCAAGAGCGCCUGCAGGAAAGUGGCACCUUGCGACUGGAGGCUCAGGUGCAGCCAGCCAACGAUCCUCAUCUUAGUAUCGAAUGGUUCAAGAACAGCGUCCAGCUCGUUACAGGUACUCGUAUUCGUAGUACCUUUGACUUCGGUCACGUGACCCUGGAGAUCUCAGGGCUGCGUGAGGAAGACUCUGGCAUCUACACUUGCAAGGCCGUCAACCGCGUGGGAGAAGCAGUCUCUACUUGCAACAUCAAGGUCUUCGGCCGCGACUGGCUGAUCGGCGACUCCAUGCAUCCCGAGGCCCUGUCCAAGAUUGCACAGCUCGAACAGCCUGCCGCAGGCCCUGGCUCCCCCGAUGAGCCCACCUUCGACGUGCCGGUGUUCAUCUCGCACUUGAACAAUGUGGAAUGUCGCGAAGGAGACACUGCUCACUUCGAGUGCAAGGUUCAGCCAUGCAGCGACCCUACAAUGAAGAUUGAGUGGUUCAUCAAUGGCAAACCCAUGCAGGCAGCCGCACGUUAUCAGGCUACCUACGACUUUGGAUACGUGUCCCUCGAUUGCACUCACUGCUACGCCGAGGAUUCCGGCAUCUACAUGUGCCGCGCCACGAACGCUAAGGGCUCAGCCACUACCACUGGCACGCUUACGUGCAUCAGCAAGGCCAACCUCUACUUCGACACCCAGCACCCGCAGGGCAGAGCUGGCCUUGAGGCAGUGGAGGAAGCCGAGCGUGCCUACUGGGCCAAGUACCAGAGGCAGAUGUCUGAACGUGAAGUCUCCUUCCCGAAGCCCUUCUUUGUCAGGCCUCUGCAGACCAACUUCUCCCUCAAUGAGAACCAGGCUCUGCAUAUGGAGGCCAACGUUGAGCCCAAACAGGAUCCUGAUCUUAAGAUCGAAUGGUUCUUGAACGGCAAGGUUCUGGAACAGGCAUCACGCUACAAGACGAGCUACGACUUUGGUCUUGUCUCGCUCGACCUCAGUGACGUCUACGAGCGUGACCAGGGUAUCUACACCUGCCGCGCCUACAACAAGGCAGGAGAAGCCUUCUGCACCACCACCGUCGUUGUGGUCGGCAAGGAUGUCCUUAUCGAGGGCACUCAGCAUCCUGCUGGCGAAGCUGGGCUCGAGGCCAUUCAGCGCAUGGAGAACAAGCUCCGCCGCGACGACCGCGCUCUCCCCGACGAGGAGGGCCACCCGCCCGUCUUCACCGUCCCCUUCAAGGACCUGAGCAACAUGGAGGAGGGUGAGAUCGCUCACUUCGAGGCCAUGCUCACCCCCGUCGGCGAUGAGUCCAUGAAGGUCGAGUGGUUCUUCAAGGGCGAGGCGCUCAAGGCCUCCCACCGCGUCCGCACAGUGUACGCUUUCGGCAUGGUUGUGCUUGAGAUCUUAGGCACAAAGAUCUCCGACAGCGGAGAGUACACUUGCCGUGCAUCCAACAAGUGGGGUAAGGCUGAAUGUUCCGUCACCCUUGAGUGCGUCGACCGCGCUCAUGGCCAGCCUCCUCGCUUCACCACUCACAUCCAGAACCUGGAGGGACUCAAGGACGGCGACUCUGCCCACUUCGAGUGCACUCUGGUCCCCAUCGGCGACCCCAACAUGAAGGUCGAAUGGUUCCACAACGGCGAGCCGCUCCGCAACGCCACUCGCAUCAAGACCGUCAGCGAUUUCGGCUUUGUCGUCCUGGACAUUGCCUACCUGCAGAACCACGAUGCCGGCGAAUGGAUGUGCAAGGCCUCCAACAAGUAUGGCGAAGACACUACCAAGGCAUUCCUGAACUGCUAUGGAAAGGGAGGUGUCUACACAGAGUCACUGCAGCCCGGCUCGCUCGACAAGAUUGCAGCUCUGGAGGGCCAGAAGGCUGGCCUCCAGGCUCCCACCACUCCCUCGGCAGCCGAGCCUCCCAAGUUCAUCACUCAGAUCGCCAACAUCGAACGCCUGGUUGAGGGACAGAGUGCUCACUUCGAGGCGCGCCUGAAACCCGUGAAUGACCCCAAGCUUGUCGUUGAGUGGUUCAAGGAUGGCAAGAAACUUCCUUCUGGCCAUCGCUACAGAACCUUCCAUGACUUUGGCAUUGUUAUCCUAGACAUUCUCUACUGCUACGAGGAAGACUCAGGCGUGUAUGAGGCCCGCGCUGUCAACAAGCUUGGCGAGGACAAGACAACUGCUAACCUGAAGUGCCUUAGCAAGACCAACCUCAUCCUCACACCUCAGGUGCCCAAGGGAAUGGAAGGCGGCCUUCAGAAGCUCCAGACUUUGGAGGACACUGCCUGGAUGCGUCGCGAGUCCGUCACAUCUGACAGAGUAGGCAUGGCACCCAAGUUCACAGUUCCUCUGAAUAACAUUGACAACAUGAAGGAGGGAGAGAAUGCUCACUUCGAGGCCCGCCUUGUACCAACCGAUGACCCUCGCCUGAAGGUCGAAUGGUACUGGAAUGGAAAGCCAAUGAAGUACAGCUCUCGCAUCCGUCAGUUCUGUGACUUCGGCUUUGUAAUCAUGGAAGUUUCCCCAGUUUACCCUGAGGAUUCUGGUGAGUACAUGUGCCGUGCUUACAAUGACUAUGGUGAGGCUGUCACAAAGGCUUAUCUGAAGUGCGAAGGUAAGCGCUCUGUCAUUCUCGAAAGUCAGCUUCCUAAGUCCAUGCAGAAGGGCAUGGAAAGGAUUGCUGAACUGGAAGGCCUCAUGAUCAAAUCGCCUGAUAUGGGCACUCCAUCCGACGCUGGACAGCCACCACAGUUCAUGACACAGCCUCAGGAUUGCACCAUCCUUGAGAACCAGCUGGCGCACUUCGAGUGCCGCCUUCUGCCAGUGGGCGAUCCUUACCUCCGUGUAGAGUGGUAUCAUAAUGGACGCCCACUGAGGGCUGGGUCUCGCAUCAAGACCAUCAAUGACUUUGGCUAUGUCAUUCUGGAACUUGCUGGUUGCUAUUCCAAUGAUUCUGGCACUUACACGUGCAGGGCGAUCAAUAAGCAUGGCGAAGCUUCCGUCGAAUGUAAGUUGAUUGUUACCAGCAAGAGCGGAAUUAUCCUUGAUCCCCAGGCUACUUCCAAGUUCAAGGGAUGCACAGAGUCCAUCCAGAAACUGGAAGAGAGUAUGUACAAGAAGGAGAGGGCUCCCGAUGAGGAAGAGAAGCCGUGCCCACCAAACUUUGUCACUCAGCUGGAGAACAUCACCGACCUGGUUGAGGGACAACCUGCCCAUUUCGACUGCCGUGUCGAGCCUGUGGGAGACCCAACUAUGCGCAUCGAAUGGUUCCAUAAUGGUAUGCCACUUGCUGCUGGCUCUCGUGUACACAUGAUGGAUGACUUCGGCUUUGUCGUCCUUGAUCUGGAAUGGACCUUCGCCCGUGACACAGGUGAGUACAUCUGCCGUGCCACGAACAAGUGGGGCCAGGCAACCACCAAGGCCACGCUCAAUGUCCGCUCCAAGCAUGGCGUUGACCUCAGCACGCAGCUGCCUCAGGGCAUGACUGCUGAGAAGCUGAAGGAGCUGGAGCGCGGACCUCUCACCGAGAAGUACGACGCCGAUGCCGAGAUGACUCCCCCCAAGUUCACUGUUCCCAUCAAGAGCCAGAGCAUGCAGGAGGGAGAGCGCGCGUUCUUCGAGGCCCGCGUUGAGCCACGCAAUGAUCCUAAUCUGCGCAUUGAAUGGUACCACAACGGCAAGCCUCUGCAGUCUGGUCACCGCUUCAGGACCAAUUUCGAGCUGGGCCAUGUGACCCUCGAGUUGCUUCACACCUACGCCGAGGACUCCGGUGAAUACGUCUGCCGCGCUUACAACAAGCUCGGACAGGACAUCACCAGGGCUUCUCUGAAAUCCAAGGCCAGCCAGUCCGUUGUGCUCCAGUCACAGGUGCCGAAGGGCAUGAAGACAGGCCAGGACUUCGCCUCGCAGAUGGAGGAAACCCUCAAGAAGUACUGCAAGGAAGUCAUGCUGACACAGGAAGACAUUUAUGAGCCCGAGAAGAGGCAGCCACCUCGCUUCGUGACUCACAUCAAGGACGUGAGGGAUCUCCAGGAAAUGGCGGAGACCAAGUUCGACUGCCAGCUGGCUCCUGUCGGCGAUCCGCACAUGAAGGUCGAAUGGUUCUUCAAUGGCCGCCCUCUACCCUACAAGAACCGCUUCACCCCCAUCUACGACUUCGGCUACGUCGCCUUGGUCAUGAACUGGGUAUUCGGCGAGGACUCCGGCGAGUACCUCUGCCGCGCCACUAACAAGUGGGGCAUGGAUGAGACCCGCGCCACCCUCAAGGCCACAGGGCGCCCCGGUGUCAUCUACGAUUCCCAGAUCCCCAAGGGCAUGCAGUCCCUCGAGAAGAUCAGGGAGCUCGAGGCAUCCUGGUCACAUACCCGCGAAACCCAGGUGGACGAGGAGAAGCCACGCGUGAAGCCCGAGGUUCUGAAGAAGCCCGAGAGCCUGGUGGUUCAGGAGGGCGACUGGGCCCGCUUCAGCGUCCGCAUCUCUGGCUACCCCAAGCCACGAGUCAUGUGGAUCGUCAACGGUUCCACUGCCAUGAGCGGUAACCGCUUCAAGAUCUGGUACGACGGACUGUUCCACCUCGACAUCCCCAAGACCCGCCAGUACGACAACGGCAAGGUCGAGGUCAUCUGCCGCAACUCCCUGGGCGAGUGCUACGCCUGCUGCGACCUCAAGGUGAUGCCGCGCCAGGACGACUACCGCGCCGUCCUCAAGAAUUCACCCAAACCCUGGUAUGACUAUGACCUCAAGAGUUACCAGAAGGAACGCCAGGAAACUGAGCUUGACCGUGUCUUCGAGGAGAGGAUCGACAGUGAUUAUUCAAUCCUCCAUGAGUCCAAAUUCGGCGAAUACAUGGCCAGACCAGUCGAUAAGACUGAAGAAACCGAGUGGCAGAAACUCGCUCGUGAGAAGAACGCAGGAGAAAAGAUCAAGCAGCUGGAGGACACGAGGAGGGUGAACCGCAAGAAUAAGGACGUGAAGAUGUUCGCCUCCCCGCUCGAGCACGCAGCCCAGCACUCCCUGGCGAAGGGCAUGGCAUCUCGCUACGAGGAGCAGCUCGACACAGUGUCUGCCAAACAGCAGCAGCCGCUUCAAAGGCCAAAGAGGAUAUUAAGGGAGACCAAGGACGUGCGCCACGAGCAGCAGUACCCACCAAGGGAGCCCGAGCCCUCCGAGUCGACUGUGCACGGCAAGGAGAUCCACACUGCCACGCAGAAGCAGACUCAGAAGGAGAUCCAGGGAGACCUUGAGAUCACUCGUAAGAUCACGGCCACAGAGACCACUGAGAUGGAACACACCGGCAAGACCACCGAGCGCAUUGUCGAAGGGCCUCCCCAGAAGCCCGCCAAGCCUCCGUUCUUCACCAGGAAGAUCCAGCCGUGCCGCGUUUUCGAGAGAGAACGUGCCCGCUUCGAGGUGGAGUUCGACGGCGAUCCCAACCCCACGAUCCAGUGGUAUCGCGAGGACUUCCCCAUCACGAGCUCUCCGGACUUCCAGAUUCAUACCUUCGGCGAUAAGAGCAUCCUCAUGAUCCGUGAAGUCUUUAUGGAAGACUCCGGUGUGUUUGCCGUCGUGGCGGAGAACAGAGGAGGACGUGCGAAGUGCUCGGCGAACUUGGUGGUCGAGGAACGCAAGCAGAGGGGCGCUGGCGCUGUGCCCCCGAGCUUCUACCAGACCAUCCAGGACACCCUCUCGCAGCCAGGCAACCUCGUGAGGCUCGACUCUAAGAUCUCUGGGACGCCGCCGAUCGACAUUUAUUGGCUCAAGAACGGACGUAAGCUCAUCCAAGACAUGCAUUACAAGAUGGUCAAGGACCAGGACACUUACACACUGCUCAUCAUUGAGGCAGUGGCCGAAGACAGCGGCUCAUACGAAUGUGUCGCCAUUAACAAGGCCGGUGAGGCUCGCUGCCAGGCCACAGUCGAGGUAGCUGGUCCUCGCCCUACGCAGGCACCCAAGACACCUACCACCCCUGCCGGAGCCACCCAGGCCCCCACCAUUGAACGGAAAUUGCAGUCGCAGAUAGUGCAGGAGGGACAGCCUGCCACCUUCGAAUGCGUCGUGUCAGCAACACCUCAACCUAAGGUACAAUGGAUGAAAGGCAAGGAACCCAUCAAACAGAGCAAGUACUUCACUAUGACAUCUGAUGGCGAAGUGCAUUGUCUGAAGAUCUCUGAAGCCUUCCCUGAGGAUGAGGGCAACUACUACUGUAUCAUUUCCAAUACCAUCGGCAAGGUCACUCUGGAGGCUAACCUGCAGGUAGUACAGCCUCAGCAAGCAGAGGUGGCUCCUAGCGUUGCUCCCUUGGAAGAUGUAACAAUUGAAGAAGGCGAAGAUGUUCGUUUUAACACUGUCGUGAUUGGAUCUCCCAUGCCCACCGUGCAGUGGUACCGAGAAGGUGCUCUUAUACCACACUCCAGGGACUUUGAGAUGUUCAUGGAGGGCAACACCGCCGUCCUGGACAUCAAGCUGACUUACCCGGAGGACACCGGCAUCUUCACCUGCCGUGCCACCAACUCUGCGGGGCAGGCAGAGACCUCCGCCAUGCUCACGGUUAAAAGUGUUUAUAGAGAGGAAGAAGACUCUAUCCGACGCACCAGCAGGAGAGAUGAGCGAGAGUCGAGAAAAUAUAGAUGGGUAUCUCCCAGUCCAGCCAGAUGGUUCUCCCGAAGCCCAGCACGACCAGGAGACGGGAAGCAGACAACCGAAGAAGAGUUAGAGAGGAAGAAGAGAGAAAAGGCGCCAUGGCUUUACGAAAAGCCGAAAGAGGAUAUAGGAUUAGCUGCUCGGAAACUGAAGAAAUCAACUGAUAGAAAAUUGGAACCGAAAGGACAAGAGAAAUUGACAAUUCCUAAGGUCGAAUUGAAAAAAUCUCAGAUAAAGAAAAUGGCUCCUGAGGAAGUUAAGCUUGAAAAAGUUGAACUUGCACACGUUGAGAAGCACAAAAAAGAAGAUAGCAUAAAAGAUACAGAGGAAUGGAGUUCUGAUUCAGAGUAUGACCUCUAUGAGUUUGAUAGUGUUUCAGAGAGCGAUGUUAUUGACCGAGAAGAAUAUGAAAAGCAGAGAACAGACACCAAAAGAAAAGGAAAGGUACAAUUAGAAAAGGAGAGGUAUCAACGUAAAACAAGAGGCAAGAAAGGAUUAAAAGAUGGCAAAGAUUCAUCCUUUGGCAGAAGACGACUGAAGCCUGAUGAAGAGUCCACAGAACAGAUUCAGCUUGGGCGAAGAAAACAUCUUCCCAAACCUGAGGAAGAAGGUGAGAAGCCUCAGUUAAAACCGGUUCCCAAAAGGAAGCCAAGGGAGGAAGAAAAAGACAUUCAGGAUGAUCAGGUUCCUUCAUGGAGAGCGAGGAGGAUUCCUCAUAAGGAUGACGAAAAAGAGGAAGUAACAUUGAAACCUUUCCAAAAGGAAAAGGAAGAAAAGCCGGUUGAAGGAAAGGCUCCUCUUGACACUUAUACAGUAUCUGAUAGCGAAUAUGAUACUGACAAACGAAUUUUAACAGAUGAAGAAAUUAAAGAGGAUGAGAAAUAUCCCAAGAGGCCAAGCAAACGACCUCCAAAAGAAAGGGUGCAGCCAGAAAAGUUUGUGCUACCAACAGUUCAGCUGAAGAAAACACACAGAACAAAAUUGGUUCCAGACGAAAAUCAACUAGAGAAGGUAGAUCUAAAGCCUGUGGAAAAACAAAGUGUAACUGGAACUGAAAAAGAGAAUUAUGAGUCCACCGAAGAAAUAGAAAAGUAUCGUCCCGGUGAAAUCCAGGAUGAACCUGUAAAACUAGAUAGAUGGGGUAGACCUGUCAGACCAAGGCCGAUUCUGAAAAAGGAACAACACACAGAAAGCACAACACCCAUCGUCAAUGAUGUAGAAAAAACGAAAGAUGAAAUUAAGCCAAAGGCAAUAGGUGACAGAAAAACAACAGAUAUACAGGAAGGGGAGGCAGAUGUGCCCUCUUGGCGAAGAAAAAGGAUUGUGCCAAAAGAGCAGGAAAAGGAGGAGGUAGUUCUGAAACCAUUUGAGAAACAGCAGCCUGAGAAAAAGAAGCCACAUGAACCUGUGGUAUCAGACUUUACUCAGCCUGAACAAUCCAGCACUGAGCCAUAUGAAGCAGACACUCUUGACAGAGAAGAACCUCUUAAAGAUAAGAGGCCAAUGCCAAGUCAAGAAGAAACAGUUGCAUUCCACACAGAUGAAGAGAAGCCGACACAGCGAAAGCCAGGUAGAAAGAUUCCAUUUGAAAAACCAAAGGAGGAAUUUUCAAUUCCUCAGGUAACACUCAGAAAGACUGUUCCCAGAAAAUUUGUACCCGAAGAAGUAAAGCUUGAAUCAGUCGAUCUUGAUCAUGUUGAAAAGAAACAGAAACCUAAAGAUGCAAGAGAAAAACGAGAAUGGAGUCCAUUGCCCGACCAAGAACCUUAUGUUCCUGAAGAAAUACCGGAUGGAAUUCCUGUUGAUCUCGAUAAGUAUGAGAAACAUGAUUACCCAACAAAAACAGACGAAGGCAAAGAGCCAGAGAAAGAUAGAUUUGAAAGGAAACCAAAGGGUAAAUCUGAGACUGAAGAGCAUAAGAAAUUGAAGCUUGGAAAGGGCCAGAAAAAGCCAGAGGAAGAAGAGGAGCUCAUUAAAAUGAAACCUGGAAAACGUCUACCGAAGCCCCCAGAAGAGGAAACUGAAAAGCCUCACUUAAAGCCAGUACCCAAGAAGAAGAUGGAACCAGAGGAAAAGGAGAAAACAUCUCUGAAACCUGGAAAGAAACCCUUUAAAGAACUUCCAGAACGGGAAUCAGUAGAGCUUGAACCUUUUGAAAGAACCAAAACAGAAAUGCCAGACAAGGAAGACGUGAAACUGGAAAAGCCACGCAAGUUCCCACCGUAUCAGAAAGACUCAGCCCCAACAAAACCGGAGGUUAAACCAUCUAAUGACAAAAUAGCUGAGCCAGAAGAAGAAGUAAAAUCUAGGAAAGAUAAAGAUAAACCUGAAAAGAAGGACGAACCUGCAGAUGUACCACCAUGGAGAGUAAAACGAGUUCCUCCAAAAGAAGAAGAAAAAGAGGAAGUUGUAUUAAAACCUUUCAAAAAGGACAAACCAAAAGAGCCCAAACCAUCUCCAAAAUAUACACCAGGUAAACCCUAUCAACCUGAAAUUCCUGAACCAGAUGAAACCCCUCUUGAACCUUAUGGUAAGCCAGAAAAAGAAAAGGUACCUGAGGGAUUCCAACAGCCCAAGGAUAAACAAGAAGUACAUAUGCCAGAGAAAGAGAAACCAGCAGAACCUGGCAAAGUUCAGUUAAAGCCGGCAAGACGUCCACAAAAGGAAGCACCCCCGAAAGAAGAAUUUACGAUUCCUAAAAUUCCUCUUAGAAAGACCAAACAGAAUGUGUUUGUACCAGAGGAGGUAAAGCUCGAUGAUGUCCAGCUUGAUCAUGUUGAAACACCUGAAGUGAUUGAACCUGAAAGAGAAAAGCGCCAAUGGAGUCCUUUGCCAGAGUAUGACAGUUAUGAGCCCGAGGAAAUUCCAGAUAAAGAACCUGUUGAGCUGGAAAAGUAUGAGAAGUAUGUACCUCCAGAAAAGAGUAAGGAUGAGAAGGAUCUGGAUAAGGAUAAAUACAAGCGCACUCCAAAGGACAAACCUGAGCCUGAAGAGGAGAGGAAAUUGAAACUUGGAAAAGGUCGUCCAAAACCAGAGGAAGAAGAAGGAGAGCAAAUUAAGUUUAAGCCUGCCAGACGCUUACCAAAACAGGAGGAAGAGACCGAGAAACCUCAGUUGAAACCUAUUCCCAAAAAGAAACCAGAACCAGAGGAGAAGGAGAAGGCUCCUCUUAAACCUGGAAAGAGACCUCCUAAAGAUAUUCCUGAACGUGAACCAGUGGAACUGGAACCGUUCGAACGAACCAAGCCAGAAAUUCCUGAGAAGGAAAAGGUGAAACUGGAGGAACCACUGAAGCCUGAGCCAAAGCCUAAAGAACGUGUUCCAUCUGAACCAGAGGCUCCUAAACCAAAGGAAGAGGAAAAGCCAUCAGAGGAAGAGCCAAAGCCCAAGAAAGAGAGAACCAAACCUGAAAAGAAAGAGGAGGAACCUGAAGUUCCUUCAUGGAGAGGAAAGAGGCUGCCUCCUCCAAAGGACGACAAGGAAGAGGUGGUUCUGAAGCCAUUCAAAAAGGAAAAGCCCACAGAACCGAAGCCUACUCCAAAACGGAAACCAGGUAAACCAUAUGAGCCUGAGAUUCCUGAGCCCGAGAGAACACCCUUGGAACCGUAUGAGAAACCGGAAAGGGAGAAGGAACCAGAGGAAAAGGAGAAAACAUCUCUGAAACCUGGAAAGAGACCUCCUAAAGAUAUUCCUGAACGUGAACCAGUGGAACUGGAACCGUUCGAACGAACCAAGCCAGAAAUUCCUGAGAAGGAAAAGGUGAAACUGGAGGAACCACUGAAGCCUGAGCCAAAGCCUAAAGAACGUGUUCCAUCUGAACCAGAGGCUCCUAAACCAAAGGAAGAGGAAAAGCCAUCAGAGGAAGAGCCAAAGCCCAAGAAAGAGAGAACCAAACCUGAAAAGAAAGAGGAGGAACCUGAAGUUCCUUCAUGGAGAGGAAAGAGGCUGCCUCCUCCAAAGGACGACAAGGAAGAGGUGGUUCUGAAGCCAUUCAAAAAGGAAAAGCCCACAGAACCGAAGCCUACUCCAAAACGGAAACCAGGUAAACCAUAUGAGCCUGAGAUUCCUGAGCCCGAGAGAACACCCUUGGAACCGUAUGAGAAACCGGAAAGGGAGAAGGAACCAGAGGAAAAGUCCAUUCCUGCAAAGCCAGAGGAAGCACCUCAACCAGAAGAGGAGUCAGUCAAAAAGCCUAAAAAGGAAAAGACAAAGCCAGAGAAAGAGGAAGAGCCUGAAGUUCCUUCGUGGAGAAGGAAGAGAAUUCCUCCCAAAGAGGAAGAAAAAGAAGAGGUAGUUUUAAAACCAUUCAAGAAGGAUAAACCAGAAGAACCAAAACCAAGUCCCAAACCCAAACUUGGUAAACCAUAUGAACCCGAAAUUCCAGAGCCAGAAAAGCCAUCGAAAGAGCCUAUUACAAAGCUUAAAAAGCAGAAGGUGCCAAAAGAUGUCUCCAAACCAGAAGAAGAGAAACCUGAGGAUGUUGUAGAUGAACAUGAGGAAGUCUCUGAAACACCAGAGAAAGAUCUGAAAGAAGUUUUAGAACCCGAGAAAGGAAAGUUGAAACCAAAACGGAAACCAUUAAAACUCAGCCAGGCACCAGAGGAAUUUACUAUUCCGAAAGUCCAGCUAAAGAAAACUACUCAAAAUGUUUUCGUUCCAGAAGAGGUAAAGCUUGAGUCUGUUGAUCUUGAUCAUGUUGAAACACCAGAAAUUAUUGAACCUGAGAGAGAGAAGCGCCAGUGGAGUCCUUUGCCAGAGUAUGAGACAUACGAACCCGAGGAAAUUCCCGAUAAAGAACCUGUUGAGUUGGAGAAAUAUGAGAAGUACAUACCACCCGAGAAAGAAAAGGAAGAAAAGGAACCAGAGAAGGGCAAAUAUCAACGCAAACCAAAGGACAAACCUGAGCCUGAAGAGGAGAGGAAAUUGAAACUUGGAAAAGGUCGUCCAAAGCCAGAGGAAGAAGAAGAACCAAUUAAGUUUAAGCCUGCCAGACGCUUACCGAAGCAGGAGGAAGAGACUGAGAAACCUCAGUUGAAACCUAUUCCCAAAAAGAAACCAGAACCAGAGGAGAAGGAGAAGGCUCCUCUUAAACCUGGAAAGAGACCUCCUAAAGAUAUUCCUGAACGUGAACCAGUGGAACUGGAACCGUUCGAACGAACCAAGCCAGAAAUUCCUGAGAAGGAAAAGGUGAAACUGGAGGAACCACUGAAGCCUGAGCCAAAGCCUAAAGAACGUGUUCCAUCUGAACCAGAGGCUCCUAAACCAAAGGAAGAGGAAAAGCCAUCAGAGGAAGAGCCAAAGCCCAAGAAAGAGAGAACCAAACCUGAAAAGAAAGAGGAGGAACCUGAAGUUCCUUCAUGGAGAGGAAAGAGGCUGCCUCCUCCAAAGGACGACAAGGAAGAGGUGGUUCUGAAGCCCUUCAAAAAGGAAAAGCCCACAGAACCGAAGCCUACUCCAAAACGGAAACCAGGUAAACCAUAUGAGCCUGAGAUUCCUGAGCCCGAGAGAACACCCUUGGAACCGUAUGAGAAACCGGAAAGGGAGAAGGAACCGGAGGAAAAGCCUAUUCCUGCAAAGCCAGAGGAAGCACCUCAACCAGAAGAGGAGUCAGUCAAAAAGCCUAAAAAGGAAAAGACAAAGCCAGAGAAAGAGGAAGAGCCUGAAGUUCCUUCGUGGAGAAGGAAGAGAAUUCCUCCCAAAGAGGAAGAAAAAGAAGAGGUAGUUUUAAAACCAUUCAAGAAGGAUAAACCAGAAGAACCAAAACCAAGUCCCAAACCCAAACUUGGUAAACCAUAUGAACCCGAAAUUCCAGAGCCAGAAAAGCCAUCCAAAGAGCCUAUUACAAAGCUUAAAAAGCAGAAGGUGCCAAAAGAUGUCUCUAAACCGGAAGAGAGACCUGAGGAAGUGGUAGAAGGACCAGAGGAGGUGGCCAGAACACCUCAAAAAGAGCCAGAGGAAGAAGUAUCAGAACCAGAGAAGGCAAAAUUAAAACCAAAGAAGCAAUUAAAGAAAUUGUAUGAGCCACCUGAAGAGUUUUCUAUUCCGAAAGUCCAGCUAAAGAAAACUACUCAAAAUGUUUUCGUUCCGGAAGAGGUAAAGCUUGAGUCUGUUGAUCUUGAUCAUGUUGAAACACCAGAAAUUAUUGAACCUGAGAGAGAGAAGCGCCAGUGGAGUCCUUUGCCAGAGUAUGAGACAUACGAACCCGAGGAAAUUCCCGAUAAAGAACCUGUUGAGUUGGAGAAAUAUGAGAAGUACAUACCACCCGAGAAAGAAAAGGAAGAAAAGGAACCAGAGAAGGGCAAAUAUCAACGCAAACCAAAGGACAAACCUGAGCCUGAAGAGGAGAGGAAAUUGAAACUUGGAAAAGGUCGUCCAAAGCCAGAGGAAGAAGAAGAACCAAUUAAGUUUAAGCCUGCCAGACGCUUACCGAAGCAGGAGGAAGAGACUGAGAAACCUCAGUUGAAACCUAUUCCCAAAAAGAAACCAGAACCAGAGGAGAAGGAGAAGGCUCCUCUUAAACCUGGAAAGAGACCUCCUAAAGAUAUUCCUGAACGUGAACCAGUGGAACUGGAACCGUUCGAACGAACCAAGCCAGAAAUUCCUGAGAGGGAAAAGGUGAAACUGGAGGAACCACUGAAGCCUGAGCCAAAGCCUAAAGAACGUGUUCCAUCUGAACCAGAGGCUCCUAAACCAAAGGAAGAGGAAAAGCCAUCAGAGGAAGAGCCAAAGCCCAAGAAAGAGAGAACCAAACCUGAAAAGAAAGAGGAGGAACCUGAAGUUCCUUCAUGGAGAGGAAAGAGGCUGCCUCCUCCAAAGGACGACAAGGAAGAGGUGGUUCUGAAGCCCUUCAAAAAGGAGAAGCCCACAGAACCGAAGCCUACUCCAAAACGGAAACCAGGUAAACCAUAUGAGCCUGAGAUUCCUGAGCCCGAGAGACCACCCUUGGAACCAUAUGAGAAACCAGAAAAAGAAAAGGUUCCUGAUAGAGUGCCAGAAGAAAGAAAGCCAACUCCAGAGCCUGAAAAGGAUGCCGAAGUACCAGAGAAACCAGAUGAGCCAGGAAAGGUAAAGUUGAAGCCAAUGAAAAAGCCCAAGAAGCAAGAGGCUCCAGAAGAAUAUACAAUUCCGAAAGUUGAGCUUCGAAAAACAGUACAAAAUGAGUUUGUUCCAGAGGAAGUAAAACUAGAAACUGUUGACCUUGAUCAUGUGGAAACACCUGAAGAACCUGAACCUGAGGUUGAGAAAAGGAAAUGGAGUCCACCACCGGAAUAUGAGACUUAUGAGCCCGAGGAAAUUCCAGAUAAAGAACCUGUUGAGUUGGAGAAAUAUGAGAAGUACAUACCACCCGAGAAAGAAAAAGAAGAAAAGGAACCAGAGAAGGGCAAAUAUCAACGCAAACCAAAGGACAAACCUGAGCCUGAAGAGGAGAGGAAAUUGAAACUUGGAAAAGGUCGUCCAAAGCCAGAGGAAGAAGAAGAACAAAUUAAGUUUGCCGAUCAUGUGGAAACACCUGAAGAACCUGAACCUGAGGUUGAGAAAAGGAAAUGGAGUCCACCACCGGAAUAUGAGACUUAUGAGCCCGAGGAAAUUCCCGAUAAAGAACCUGUUGAGUUGGAGAAAUAUGAGAAGUACAUACCACCCGAGAAAGAAAAGGAAGAAAAGGAACCAGAGAAGGGCAAAUAUCAACGCAAACCAAAGGACAAACCUGAGCCUGAAGAGGAGAGGAAAUUGAAACUUGGAAAAGGUCGUCCAAAGCCAGAGGAAGAAGAAGAACCAAUUAAGUUUAAGCCUGCCAGACGCUUACCGAAGCAGGAGGAAGAGACUGAGAAACCUCAGUUGAAACCUAUUCAAAAGAAACCAGAACCAGAGGAGAAGGAGAAGGCUCCUCUUAAACCUGGAAAGAGACCUCCUAAAGAUAUUCCUGAACGUGAACCAGUGGAACUGGAACCGUUCGAACGAACCAAGCCAGAAAUUCCUGAGAGGGAAAAGGUGAAACUGGAGGAACCACUGAAGCCUGAGCCAAAGCCUAAAGAACGUGUUCCAUCUGAACCAGAGGCUCCUAAACCAAAGGAAGAGGAAAAGCCAUCAGAGGAAGAGCCAAAGCCCAAGAAAGAGAGAACCAAACCUGAAAAGAAAGAGGAGGAACCUGAAGUUCCUUCAUGGAGAGGAAAGAGGCUGCCUCCUCCAAAGGACGACAAGGAAGAGGUGGUUCUGAAGCCCUUCAAAAAGGAGAAGCCCACAGAACCGAAGCCUACUCCAAAACGGAAACCAGGUAAACCAUAUGAGCCUGAGAUUCCUGAGCCCGAGAGAACACCCUUGGAACCGUAUGAGAAACCGGAAAGGGAGAAGGAACCGAAGGAAAAGCCAGAGGAAGCACCUCAACCAGAAGAACCAGUCAAAAAGCCUAAAAGAGAAAAGACAAAGCCAAAGAAAGAGGAAGAGCCUGAAGCACCUACAUGGAGAAGGAAGAGAAUUCCUCCCAAAGAGGAAGAAAAAGAAGAGGUAGUUUUAAAACCAUUCAAGAAGGAUAAACCAGAAGAACCAAAACCAGAAGAGAAGCCAGAAGACAAACCAGUCGAAAAACAGAAGAAGCCCAAAAAGACAAAACCAGAAAGGGUUGAACCAAAACUAGAAAGACGUGUUGUUACGACGGAAACAGAGGAAGUUAUUCAAGAAGAAACACGGCCAGUAAAGGCUGUUAAUUUGGAGAUAAUACGAAAGGUGACCGACUCCAAGGAAAUCACUGUCAAAUCCCUUAAGCGAGUUCAUCAGAAACCUCGGGACAUUGAAUUAAUCCCUCCGUUCUUCCCGAAACCCUUAGAAGCAGUCAUUUCCAAACCUGCCCAGAAGACUGUUUUCACUUGCGACAUCAGAGGUCAUCCUCCCCCUGACAUCAAGUGGUACUUUAAUAGCAUCGAGCUCCUUCCGACUAAUAAUGUCAAUAUCCGAUACGAAAACAGGAUAUCAACCCUCACUAUCCUUCGCACAACGGAAGAUGAUGAAGGAAUGUAUACUUGCGAGGCGGUGAAUAAGGCGGGGAAGGCGACAACGAUGGCGACACUAAGGCUUGAAGCACGCAGCAAGGACAAGCCCAGGGGCGAGCCGCCCAAGUUCCUCGUGCCACUGCAGCCGCAGAAGGUGAAGCACGGCGAAAAGGUGGUUCUGGAGACCUCCGUCAGAGGCCUCCCAACACCCCGGGUGAUCUGGUAUCACCUUGACAAGGAAGUGGUGCCCUCGCCGGAGUUCGUGCAGGAGCAUGACACCACUACAGGACGCGUUGUCCUCACCAUCAACGAGGUGUUCAUCGAUGACAAGGGGCUGUACCGCUGCCUGGCCGUCAAUGAGUUCGGCCGCGACGAGACAGCUUCCUAUGUCACCGUGGAAGACAUAGAGGUGCUAGAGAAGUGUGAGCUGCGACAGGCACCGCGGAUCACACUUCCACUGCAACCUCAGAUCCUUAAGAAACAUUCUUCUCUUGACUUGCUUGCGCGCUAUGAAGCCUUCCCUCCCCCGACUGUCAAGUGGUACCACCAGGGCAAGGAACUUAAGCCUUCACGAGACUAUAUAAUCGAAACAAUCGAAGACGAAACGAGCCUCCAUGUCGAGGAGGUAUUUGAGGACGAUUACGGAGAGUACGAAGUUCGGAUUUUCAACGAAGCUGGUGAAGCGAGAACUGUGGCCUCUGUUAUUGUUACCCAACCUCUGGAGGUUGUGCAGAUGGAGCCGCCCAAGUUCAUAAAGCCGCUACAUCCACAAAUUGUUCCUGAAGGUGAGGUAGCAAUUCUCGAAGCUGAAGUCACAGCCAAGCCUGAAGCUGAAUUCAAAUGGUAUAGACACGGCCAGGAGAUCAUCCACGACGAGGAAAUUGAGGUACAGAUAACAAGCAACAACAAUAAGUCUUCAUUGGUUUUGGGUGAACUCUUUGAGGAUGAUUCUGGGGACUACACAGUGACUGCCCAGAAUCCCGUUGGUAGAGCGUCAUCAACCGCAACUCUGUUAGUGGAAGGUGAGGGUGAUGAGGAAGCUGAGCCGCCUUCAUUUGAUCCUCCGCUGACGCCCAUUCGUGUGAUGGAUGGCGAAGAGGUGCGGUUCAGGUGCAAGGUCACAGGCAAGCCCAUGCCGAAGCUGACCUGGCUCCAAAACGGACGGCCCAUUGCUCACCAUCGGGAGGUGCGCCUGACGCAGACUCCCGACGGGAAAGCUGGCCUCCAGAUACUUGAAGUGUUCCCUGAAGACGCCGGAGAUUAUACAUGCAUCGCUCGAAACAAAGCCGGCGAAGCGAGGACUACCGCGAACCUGGCCGUUGAAUCUUAUGAAUAUGUGCCUGACUCAGAGGCGGCAACUACCACCUCUGUAUCCGAGAAGAACAUCUUCUCAGGCCCAGUCUCAGAGGAAGAAGAAACAAUUGAAAUCGAGAAAGACACAGAAUCUGACAGUUCAGAGGCAGGCUCCGCGCCAUACUUCUGUAACAGACUUGAACAGAAAAUAGAAGUGGUCGAAGGGACCUCUGUACGACUGCUGGUCAAAGUUACUGGUUACCCUCGUCCGACCAUUAAGUGGCACACAGAUGGAGUUGCAGUUGAGGUGACUGAAACUCGCACUGUGGAAACAUACGAAGAUGGCACUUCUGCCUUAACUCUGCACAAAACUACUUUGGAGGACUGUGGCGAAUACGUGUGCGAAGCCAUGAACAGAAAUGGUGUAGACACAACCGUCACUACCCUGGUGGUCCUCCCGGAGCACACAGAGGGAACGUCCACAUCCUACCGAAAGCCUGAAUGGGUAACUCGAAUGGAGGAGCUAAAGGAGGCGAUGUCAGGUGAACAACACCGACCACAGUUUACGAAAGAAAUUACGAACUCACGAGUAAAGGAAAUGGAAACCAUCACAUUUACUGCACAUUUCCGUGGUAAUCCUAAGCCAGAUAUCACAUGGUACCACAACUCAAAGAUUAUUCGUCAGCAACAGUGUUAUCAGAUGAGAGUCCGCAAUGAUAAGGCAAUGUUAACUAUUGUUGAAGCUAGACCUGAAUUUAGGGGAGAAUAUUCCUGCCGUGCAGCAAACUCUGAAGGAGAAGUCUUUACCAGAGCUCAUCUUGAUGUCAUUGAACUAACAUAUGAAGAGAAGCUGAAGGUAAGCAAUGAGAGAUAUGCAGCUGUGAACAUCCAACAUGCUGCUGAACAUAUGAGGGAGAAGGAGAGAGAACGUUCACUCAAGCAAAAGAAAGAGCAUGAGGAAGCAAUGGCCAGACUUAAGCAAGACAAGGUGAACCGUCAGGCUCAGCGCCAGCAGGAGCUGGAGGAUGCCAAAAGGAAUGUCUGGAAGCCUAAGGUUGUUGAAGAGGUGAAGGAAGUAAAGAAAACUCCAAAGGAACAUUGUGUUGCUGAAUUAUAUAGCAACUGGAAAUCAGCAGUUUCAUUUGAGGAUAAUUACCCAGAACUUGAGCCUAAUGAAUUUGCUCCAAACCAGAUCCCUGGUGUCAAAUGCUUUGUGAAAGUUUCAGAGACUUCCAUCAAGGGAGAGGAAGUUGUCAGGGAGGUUGCACCUCAAUUCUUUGAAGAUGAGCAAAUUAUUCAUGAAUUGGCUAAGGUUCAUACACUCCUGAAGAACAAUGUAAGAGUCAAUGAGAUCUGGUCAAUGUUCCGUGCUGGUGAGUUCAAAGCCCUUCAACAACCAAACAUUCAGAGCGCUCUUGUCAAGGUUUGCGAGUACAUUGGUCACCAAAGAAAUGUGUCCAUUGUGCUGGCUGAAGAAAUCCAGGAACAGGCCAAGAAGCAUCCUGUUGGUCUCAAGGCCUUCUUGCGUAUGCUUAAAUAUGCUAAGAACGUCAAGCCUGAUACGCUCUUCAAGGAUGUCAUCCCGCGUGAGAUGGGCAAGUGGUCAUCAACCACUCAGGAGUUGACCGAAGUAUCACAGAUGUUGAACAAGGGCAUCCAGACCGAGGAAAUCAUUGCAUCAUGUGUGGCUGGUAAACUACCAACACUGAAGAAACCUGAGACCCAACAACCUCUUGUCAACAUUGUGGAGAAGCAUGGCCAUUCUGUCAUGGUUGCUCAGGUGCUGGUUGAAGAGGCUUAUCGUGAUGCUAAGGAUGAGAGGGUGCUGGCAGAACAGGCCUGGGAAGUCAUUCAUGAGCAGGAGAUGAAGAUGGCUGAGGUAUCUGAAGUCAGGACAGAGCUUCCUAAGGUGGACGUUGCAUCUGUUACAUCUGUUGAAAGCCUCCAGUCGGCAUCAGCAUCGCAGGUUGAAGUCAGAGCAAAGAAAACCCAAGAAAUCCAGAGGAUGGUUGAAUCUACUCAAGGUUGGCACCAAGAUUUUGUGUUCCUGUUCACAUACCAAGACAAACAGUUUUUCUUGUUCCUUCAGAGGCAUUACAAAGCAACUUACAUUUCAACUCCCAAGACAGAAAUUUUGCCAAAAUUUAACACACUCACAUCUCUUAGGUGGCCUCAGAUAGCUGUGUCUGAGGCCAAACCAGCAAAUCCUGAACUUCAUUUCUUCUGCAAGCAUUACACUUUUCCAGAAGUGAAUAAAUGUUCUACCACAGACACCACAACUAUCACAGACCAAGGAACUGUUCCAACUACUGCACAGGAACAUAUCACACAUCCUCAGAAACAUUUCAAAUACACUAAUCCAGUCCCAGAUACGUAUUAUACUAGACCACAUGAUUUGGAUUUGCCAGAGUUACUUUACUCAGAAUCCCAGAAGAACCCUAUGGUUGAAUUCUUUGAGACAUCUACACUGUCUCCUGAACUUUUUUCAGAGAAGGCUGUUGCAGAGGUCAGUAUAUAUAAAGACCAGUUAGUUUCUGCAACUCUUCAGCCCAUGAUACUUGUAUCUGAGACAGGCCUUAGAAUAAUUUACCCUACUACAAUGGAAACAGAAACAUACUCUACAACUACAGAAAUACUCACACCACUUCCAAAGAAAUACCAUGCUAGCAUGCAAGUUGUACCUAACUUGCAGUGUGCCACAACAAAGACAGCAAUAUCUGAAGCAGGAUAUAUAAUUAAAUACCCAACCACAUCUGUUUUAGAACAAGACAUGGCAAAAACUUUUGACACUUGUAUUCCAGAAAAAAUCCAAGCAACAACACAAGUUAUUCCUCCUUUGAAGAGAUAUACUUCCCUAUCAGGAAUAGUCAUAUCUGAAGAUGGACACAUUAUUCACUUCCCUUCAACAUCUAGCCUGGAAAGUGAUACUGUAAUUGAGCAUCUUUGUCCAUCAAUUCCAAAAACAGUUCAGGCAACACACUCUUUUAUUCCAAAGCUGGAACAUGCCACUACACUACAUAUACUUACACCUGCAAUAGAGCAAAGAAUUAAUUACUCAUCUGUUUCUGUCAUACAAGACAUAUUUGAUACUCCUGUUACUGAGUUUACAUCACCAGAAACAGGAAAAUUUUUUGCUCAGACACAAUUUGUUUCUGAUUUUGAAACUGCUUCUACACAACCUAUGACUCUUGUAUCUCAAUCAGGAUUGAGAGUUCACCAUCCCUCUACACCUGUUUGUCCAUUUGAGGCAUAUUCAACAGAUUUUAUACCAUUGUCUGUUGAAUCUGUAUAUGCCAAAAUUCAAGUAAUUCCUGAGCUUGCAUAUGCUGUAAUGCAGCCAAUAGUUCUUGUGUCUGAAAGUGGACAAAAAAUUAAUUACCCAUAUACUUCUGUCACUGAAUAUGAUACUUCUGUCAUAGAAUUGAGCUCACCUGUUGUAGAGCCCUCUUUUGCUGAAACACGGCAUGUUCCUGAGCUCAACAGUAUUAUUACGCAGCCAAUGACAGUUGUGUAUGAAGCAGGACAGAAAAUUAACUAUUCAUCAAAUUUAGUUAUAGAAAAUGACAAACUUGCUGAAGACUUCAGAAUAGCUGUUCCAGAAGCCACUUAUGCUUUAACAGCAUUUGAACCCAACCUGGAAAUUGCUGUUACACAACCCAUUAGCAUAAUAUCCAGCACAGGACACCACAUAAAUUAUGCAUCAAUAGCUGUCUUGGAAUACAACACACCACAUGAAUUCCUUCCCUUUGCCCCAGCCAUAAUGUAUGCUAAAGAACUAUUUGUUGCAGAACUAUAUUUUGCAACAAGUAAAGUAGUAGCUUUAGUGUCUCAUUCUGGCCAAACAAUAAGAUACCCAUUGACAUCUACUACAGAUCACAGUGCACUUACUGACAUAAUCAUUGCACCUAUUCCAGACAAACAGCAUGCUACCACACAGAUUGUUCCUGAAUUAGAAACUGCAUCUACUCAACCCAUGCCAUUCGUCUCAGAAGCUAGCUUCAUAGUCAGACACUCAUCACCAUCUGUCCUAGAACCUGAUACAAAACUUGAAGAUUUCAACAUUUCUGUCACUGAAAUUGCUCAUGCUGUAACAUGUGUUGUACCUGAUCUUAAAUUUGCCUCUACACUGCCAUUGACUGUUGUAUCUGAGGCAGGACACAAAGUUCACUAUCCAUCUACCUCUGUGUAUGACUUUGAUGACUUGACAGAGGAUCUUACAACACCUCAGGUGGAAGAAGGUAAUGCUAGGACACUACAGGUACCUGCUUUGAAAUCUGCAAUCAUGUUGCCAAUGACACUUGUGUCUGAGGUUGGCCACAAAGUUCACUAUCCAUCCACUUCUAUUGCUGAACAUGACAGCAUGACAGAAGCUUUCACACCUUUCACUACAGAAAAAACACAUGCCAAGGUAGUGUACAUACCUGAUUUGGAAUAUGCCACAAUACUGCCUCUAACAGUCAUAUCUGAGGCUGGAUAUAAAACCCAUUAUCCAUAUACCUCUUUCCUUGAAUUAAAUGAUAUUGCAGAGGAUUUCAUAGCAUUCUUUGAUGAAACGCAGCAUGCUAAGACACUGCAUAUUCCUGCACUAGAAUGUGCUUCAAUAUUACCAGUGACUGUUGUCUCUGAGGCUGGUCAUAAGAUUCAUUACCCAACAGCUUCUGUCUUAGAUCAUGAUGAAAUGACAGAAGUUUUCAUAGCACUGUCUCCAAAAGAAGUAAGUGCUAAAAUGGUUUAUAUUCCUAAAUUGGAAUAUGCAAAGGUAUUGCCUAUAACACUUGUGUCUGAGGCAGGUCUUAAAGUUUGUUAUCCAGCAACGUCCAUAACUGAUCAUGAUGAGUUGGCAGAAAUUUUCAUAACACCUACCCAUGAAGAAACACAUGCUAAAGUGUUAUAUGUUCCUGAAUUGGAAUAUGCUACACCAUUACCCAUGACACUUGUUUCUGAGUUAGGCCAUAAACUUCAUUAUCCAACAUAUUCCACUGAACAUUAUAUGAUAACUGAAAGUUUCACAUUACCUAUUCAGGAAAAAAUGCAUGCUACAGUUCUGCAUAUCCCUAGACUGGAAUAUGCCACAGCAUCACCUAUGACACUUGUGUCUGAGGCAGGCUACAAAAUCCACUAUCCAUCUACAUUCACACUGGAAUACAAUGAAACAUCAAAGAUUAUUGAAACAUCUGUUCCAAUGGAAGUCUGUGCUACAGAAUCAGUUAUUCCUAACCUGGAGUUUGCUUUACAAGAACACUUAACAUUCAUUUCAAAUGCUGGACACAAGAUUCAGUAUCCUUCUACAUCAUCCUUGGAACAGGGCACUGUUGAGGAUUUAGUUUCAACUGUUCCAGAAGGAAUAAAGACAAAAAUAACACAAAUUCCUGAAUUGGAAUUUAUCACAACACUACCUCUAACUUUUGUCACAGCACAGGGACAGAAAGUUCAUUAUCCACUGACACAAGUCCUGGAACAUGAACAUGACACCACAGAGGAAUUCAGAACAAUUACUCCAGAAACAGUUUAUGCCACAACAAUGCAUGUUCCUGAUAUGAGAGUUGCUAACACAGAACCUAUAAAUAUUGUCUCUGAAAUUGGACUUAUCACAAGAUAUCCAAGAGUUACUGUUAUUGAUGAAUCACACAAAACAACAGAAAUUACCUUCCCACAGAUACAAAGAACUCAUUCAACUGAAGUUAUACAUACACAGGAUGCUCCAGAAUUUGCAUGUGCAACUGUUUCAUCAAUUACAGUGAUGCCAGCUUCCACACCAACUACACAUUAUCCUACUUCAAAGGAAGAAACUUUUCUUCCUGAUACUCCUUUAACCAGGCCCUCUGUCCCAUUCCACACAGGCAUGACAUCAAGCCCAUCCUCUACAGUUACCACAUCUGAAGUGAAGACUGAAGAUGUACAAGUACAGCAAGACAUACAACAAACCAAACAUGUACCUGAAACACAACACAUUAAGUGGGGGGAAGAUUUGCAAGAGAGUGAAUCAGAGACAUCAACCAUUACUUUUACACCUGAUAAACGGGAUGAUACAACAGUUAAAGAGUUAAAGAGUGUAAUGAGCAUUGAGUCUGUAGAUGUUGACAGAACACCGGUGGAUGCUUCUGAUAUCCAAGAGGCAACAGUACAGGACAUAUCUUUGAGGACUAUUAAAAAACUGUCUAAUAAAACAAGCGAUGAAGAAGGAUUGACUCAUGAAGUCAUGGUUGGUAUUGGUGUAGAAGGCGGAACAAUCAGAGAGGAAACCCAGGUAAAUACCCUUGGCAAGCAAAUUAAACCAAAAGAAGAAUUUGAGUCCUCAGUUGAUCUUCAUAUUGUACCUACACCUAAAGUUGCCUCUGGGAAAGAGUGGCAAGAGAAAACAACUAUCUGUACAGAGGAAAUAAGUGAGCAAGAAGAUAUUCAGAAGCCAAAACUGGGUAAAGUAAUGGGUGAAACUACCAAAGACUUUACUGAAGAGUUUCUGCCAGAUUUUGCUCAAACUUCAACGGAGCCUAUAUUGGGCUUUGCACAGGCUAGUUUCCCAACUGUACGUUCAGAUGUCCCUGCUAUAAGAAUAAGAAGGACAGACCAGCAUAUUACAGUAUCAGAAAGCAGGGAUGAUACAGAACAGUCAGAUCUGCCACAGUUGGAAAUUACUGAAAUUGAAGAAGAAGUUGAAAGUCCUGCCACAGAAUGCAAAGUUACUUUCCCAAGCACCCACCGUGGUUCUUUAAUUGACAUCUCAGCUCCAGCUGAUGUGGAUAUAGUCCCACUUGCAGUAACUGAAACAGAAGAGACUCACACCAAAACACAGGAAAAAGACUUACAAGAGAUGUUCUCAGAAUGCAUUCUUGAGCCAAUCCCACAAACAUUGACAUGUAAGGCUGUGGAAUCAAAAGUUGAAUAUAACAGGGCUUCAGUAUCAGAGACACUUACAUUUAUAGGUCCAUCUCCUACAAGGUCUACAAAGUCACAAACAAUCCUAGUAGAAGAGGAUGAUGAACAUACUUAUACACAAACACCUACAGCUCCUGAGAAAAAUCAGCAAAAAUCUGAAACCGUGCAGAUCACUGACAUAACCACCACUGAAACAAUGACCCAACCAACUCACAAACACGUCACUGUACAUGAACUUAAUACUCAACAAGAACAAGAGUCCACUAAUAUUAUACCUACUUUUGCACCUUCCAUAGAAUCUACAGAAAAAGAGCAAAGGAUAACAAUAAAAGAGGAAACUACAGGGACAGAUGAAAUAUUGCUUGAACAAACAUCAAUGUUUGAAAGCCAGAAACCUAAGCCCGAACAGGCAAAAACACUUUUUAUGGAAGAUGUUAAGAAAUCGGUGACAGUGACUGAAAAUCUGAGUGAAGAACAGCCAGCCCCAUGGCAUCGUGGAGAAAAAAUUCACUUGAAGAAGCAGAUCAGUAUUACACCAGAUGUUGUGGCUUCUGAAUCUAUACAGGUCACUGAUACAAAAACUGAAGAUACAUACAUUACCUUACAGACAGAAAAAGGAGAAGAAGUUACUGCUACAGUCACUGAAGAGCUUAAGGAUUCAGUUACUGUUACAGAAAAGAUUCCUGAAGAACAGCCUAUGCCAUGGAGAAGAGGGGAGAAGAUACCAUUCAAGACUGAAAAUAUCAAACCAGAACUGGUUUCUUUAGAACCACUUCAGGUUACUGAUACUAAAGCUGAAGAUACAUAUGUUGCCCUGAAAACUGAAAGAGGAGAACAAGUAAAGGCAACAGUCACAAAAGAACUCAAAGAUUCCGUGACUGUGAUGGAAAAUAUCCCUCAAGAACAGCCAAUGGCAUGGCAAAAGGGUGAGAAAAUUCCAUUUAAGACUGAGAACAUAAAGCCUGAGUUAGUGUCCUCUGAGCCUCUUCAAGUUACUGAUACUAAAGUUGAAGAUACUUAUGUACACCUACAACCAGAAAAAGCUACAAAAGCAAAGGCCACAAUUACUGAAGAUUUAAAGGACUCUUUAACUGUGACAGAAAAAAUCCCAGAAGAACAGCCACUGGCAUGGCAAAAGGGUGAGAAAAUUCCCUUUAAGACUGAAAGCAUAAAACCUGAGUUAGUUUCUUCUGAAUCUCUUCAGGUUACUGAUACUAAAGUUGAAGAUAGUUAUGUAAACCUAAAGCCAGAGAAAGGUGAGCCAGUAAAAGCCACAAUAUCAGAAGAUUUGAGGGAUUCACUAACUGUGACAGAAAAGAUUGCAGAAGAACAACCAAUGUCUUGGAGUAGGGGUGAGAAAGUUCCCUUUAAAACUGAGAGCAUAAAACCUGAGUUGGUUUCCUCAGAAUCUCUCCAGGUUACUGAUACUAAAGUUGAAGAUACCUACAUGCAUCUUCAGCCAGAAAAGAGUGAGCAAGUAAAAGCUACAAUAAUGGAGGAUCUAAAGGACUCACUCACUAUAACAGAAAAGAUUCCAGAAGAACAACCAACUCCAUGGAGAAGAGGUGAAAAGAUGCCACUAAGAACUGAAAGCAUCAGGCCUGAAUUAGUUCCAUCAGAAUCAUUGCAAGUAACUGAUACUAAAACUGUAGAUUCAUGUGAAACUUUCCAGAGUGAAAAGGGGGAGGAAGCAAGAGCCACUGUAACUAAGGACCUAAAAGAUUCUUUGACAGUUACAGAAAGGCUUCCUGAAGAACAACCUUCACCCCUGAAAAGGCCUCCAAGAGUAACAGCUGAUUUAGCUCAGCACAAGUUGAUGGUGAUGGAACAUGAUUCACUUUCUAUUACUGAAAUAUAUGCUAAGGAAGGUGGCACUCAGUUUGAAACUGAAAAGGCAGAUGUAGAGACAGCUGUUGGUAUGCUGGAGCCACUUGAAGCACUUACUACAACAGAUCACAGAAGUGAGGAAACUAUUUCUCAGCUCUCAGACUUAAUGAAACAGACACAAAAGGCAACAGUCAUGGAACAAGAUACUAAACAAACAAUUCAGGUAACAGAACAAAUUCCUCAUGAAAGUAUUGCAGAUCUGAAGAAGGAAAAACAAAUAUUUGAGAGCCUCAAGUGUGGCCUGACUGGACAGAAUGCUCCACAAGUUGAAGAGAUUAUAGUGCAUGAUGCAGAAGAGAAGUAUGAAUCUAAAGCACCUAAGAGUGAAACAACAAAACAGACAACAGUUACUAAACAAUCAGAAGCUGUUAUUAUUGCUGAACCAAAACUGGAGGAGGACACUGUUCAGUGGGAAAAGCAUGCAGAAAAACUAGAACAGGCAAAGCCCAACAUAUUAGAACAAAAGUAUAUUCAAAUCUCUGAGAUAUUUAAGGCUGACAAGGAGGAUGUUCUUCCUGAACAAGCACCAUUACAACAGCAAGGCAGAAUGACAGAAAUGCAGCCUCUGGAAGCUCUUACCAUACAAGGUCAUGAUGUUCAGGAAGAUGCUGCAUCAUGGAAGUCUCGUAUAGACAAGGAGCAAACCGCACGGGCAUCCAUCCUGGAAAAAAUGUCUGUUAAUGUCAUGGAAACACAGCAACAUGAUUCAUUUAAAGAAUAUAAGCCAGAAAAGCCAAUUGAAGUGCAAGCUACACAAAUGGAAGGUAGACGAGAAGCUAUAGCUGUUUCAGAAACAAAAGCAGAAUCUCCUAUAAGAGAACUUCCAAAGGAAAACAAAAUAGAACAUCAUGCAUCUCUUAUUCAUUCCAAGAAAUCAUCUCUUGUUGUUUCUGCAUCAGAUGUCCAAGAGAGUGAAGCUCCCCUGAAGAUUCGGAAGCCAGUAGAAGCACAUUUAAAAUCUAAAAUAAAUGGAGGGCUUGAACCUCUCCUUAUCACUGAAGUGGAAAGUGAGGAAACUAUUGGCAAAGUAGUUCCUAAAACAUUGCCUGAAAAGGAAAGUGCAACAAUUGAACUUACUCAUGCAGCUAAGGUGGCUCUUUCAUCUGGUGUACUAAUAAAUGAGUGUGAAGGAUGGCAUGAAGAUGAAAAACCAGAAACACAGAAGGCCGAAGGGGUCUUGAGCACAGGGGAGGCUAUAACUGUACUCGAAACACUUCCACAGUCUCUGGCUGAGGAACUUCCUGUUGCUCCCAAGCCAAAAGCUGAAGAAGGAAUGGGAUCUUUAAUUCCAUCAAAAACUGUGUCAGUCUCAGAGGUUAUUUUGCAUGAAAAAGAAGAGUCACUUAUGGAAAAGAAGCCUGUUGAAUUACAUUUAAAAUCUAAAAUAAAUGGAGGGCUUGAACCUCUCCUUAUCACUGAAGUGGAAAGUGAGGAAACUAUUGGCAAAGUAGUUCCUAAAACAUUGCCUGAAAAGGAAAGUGCAACAAUUGAACUUACUCAUGCAGCUAAGGUGGCUCUUUCAUCUGGUGUACUAAUAAAUGAGUGUGAAGGAUGGCAUGAAGAUGAAAAACCAGAAACACAGAAGGCCGAAGGGGUCUUGAGCACAGGGGAGGCUAUAACUGUACUCGAAACACUUCCACAGUCUCUGGCUGAGGAACUUCCUGUUGCUCCCAAGCCAAAAGCUGAAGAAGGAAUGGGAUCUUUAAUUCCAUCAAAAACUGUGUCAGUCUCAGAGGUUAUUUUGCAUGAAAAAGAAGAGUCACUUAUGGAAAAGAAGCCUGUUGAAUUACAUUUAAAAUCUAAAAUAAAUGGAGGGCUUGAACCUCUCCUUAUCACUGAAGUGGAAAGUGAGGAAACUAUUGGCAAAGUAGUUCCUAAAACAUUGCCUGAAAAGGAAAGUGCAACAAUUGAACUUACUCAUGCAGCUAAGGUGGCUCUUUCAUCUGGUGUACUAAUAAAUGAGUGUGAAGGAUGGCAUGAAGAUGAAAAACCAGAAACACAGAAGGCCGAAGGGGUCUUGAGCACAGGGGAGGCUAUAACUGUACUCGAAACACUUCCACAGUCUCUGGCUGAGGAACUUCCUGUUGCUCCCAAGCCAAAAGCUGAAGAAGGAAUGGGAUCUUUAAUUCCAUCAAAAACUGUGUCAGUCUCAGAGGUUAUUUUGCAUGAAAAAGAAGAGUCACUUAUGGAAAAGAAGCCUGUAGAAUUACAUUUAAAAUCUAAAAUAAAUGGAGGGCUUGAACCUCUCCUUAUCACUGAAGUGGAAAGUGAGGAAACUAUUGGCAAAGUAGUUCCUAAAACAUUGCCUGAAAAGGAAAGUGCAACAAUUGAACUUACUCAUGCAGCUAAGGUGGCUCUUUCAUCUGGUGUACUAAUAAAUGAGUGUGAAGGAUGGCAUGAAGAUGAAAAACCAGAAACACAGAAGGCCGAAGGGGUCUUGAGCACAGGGGAGGCUAUAACUGUACUCGAAACACUUCCACAGUCUCUGGCUGAGGAACUUCCUGUUGCUCCCAAGCCAAAAGCUGAAGAAGGAAUGGGAUCUUUAAUUCCAUCAAAAACUGUGUCAGUCUCAGAGGUUAUUUUGCAUGAAAAAGAAGAGUCACUUAUGGAAAAGAAGCCUGUUGAAUUACAUUUAAAAUCUAAAAUAAAUGGAGGGCUUGAACCUCUCCUUAUCACUGAAGUGGAAAGUGAGGAAACUAUUGGCAAAGUAGUUCCUAAAACAUUGCCUGAAAAGGAAAGUGCAACAAUUGAACUUACUCAUGCAGCUAAGGUGGCUCUUUCAUCUGGUGUACUAAUAAAUGAGUGUGAAGGAUGGCAUGAAGAUGAAAAACCAGAAACACAGAAGGCCGAAGGGGUCUUGACAACAAAGAGUUUUGAAGAACAAAAGGCAAUAACUAUUACUGAGACUGGCAUGCAUGAAAAAGAAGAGUCACUUAUGGAAAAGAAGCCUGUAGAAUUACAUUUAAAAUCUAAAAUAAAUGGAGGGCUUGAACCUCUCCUUAUCACUGAAGUGGAAAGUGAGGAAACUAUUGGCAAAGUAGUUCCUAAAACAUUGCCUGAAAAGGAAAGUGCAACAAUUGAACUUACUCAUGCAGCUAAGGUGGCUCUUUCAUCUGGUGUACUAAUAAAUGAGUGUGAAGGAUGGCAUGAAGAUGAAAAACCAGAAACACAGAAGGCCGAAGGGGUCUUGAGCACAGGGGAGGCUAUAACUGUACUCGAAACACUUCCACAGUCUCUGGCUGAGGAACUUCCUGUUGCUCCCAAGCCAAAAGCUGAAGAAGGAAUGGGAUCUUUAAUUCCAUCAAAAACUGUGUCAGUCUCAGAGGUUAUUCUGCAUGAAAAAGAAGGAGUACAUGAAGCAGACAAGUUCCCUACUAUUUCUUUACCCAGUCAAACACAAGCACCAAAUAUCCCAUUAGUUGUACAAGAGACUCAUACAGAUUCAAGUUUGUCUGAACUGGCUCAGCAGAAAAUGUUGCCAUCACAGUCAGCUUCAGUGUCUCUUACUGCUCAUGUCAUUGCUUCUUCUACAGCAGUAGGCAUUAGUGAGAAAGAAGGUGUAUAUAAAAAAGAGAAACCAAUAGAAGAUCUUGCAAAUGUGGAAUAUGAAAGUGAAAAAGUCCCCAUUCAAGUAAGUGAAACAAGAGCAGAGUCACCAGUGAAAGAUUUUAAGGAUAUUAAGCCAGAGAAUGCACAGGCAAGGCCAGAUAUCAUACCUCAGAAAGCUAUUGCUGUAUCUGAAAUGGAAUCUAAAGAAAAAGAAGGAACUCUUGAAAUUAAGAAGCCAUCAACAAUUUCACUGAAGUCUGAUAUCACGCAACCUUUGCAUUCACUGACUGUAUCUGAAAUCAGUGCAGAAAGUAAUAUUCAUAUGUUAGAUAUAGAUAAGAUUAAUGAAGAACAGGCUAAGACAAGUCAUAUUCCACAUCAUGCUACUGCUGUUAGUGAACCAUUUGUGCAUCAGAAAGAACAGGAUUAUACCCAGCCAAAGCCACUUUCUGCUGAACCAAAGGAAUCAUGUGCUCCGGGUCAUGAAUCAGUUCAAAUAACAGAAACAAGAGCAGAGUCCCCCAUUACAGACAGAGAUGAAAAAGAAACUAUAAAAAGCAAAGCUAAAAGUCAAGUCAUCCCACAAGAUACAGUACAGGUGCAUGAAGUAAGGGUUCAUGAAUCGGAAGGAGACUUUAAAUUAAGUAAGCCAGAGGAAUCAACUGGUAUAGUAAAUCGCACCCCAGGCCAUAUAGUUGCAAUUUCUACAAAUGUUGAAUUAUCUGAAAGCAUCCAGAAAAUGGAAGAUGCAGGGAAAUUGGAAGGUAAAACUGCAAAAAUGACCAUAAAUCCGCAACAAGCUGCAGAAGUUAUACAACAUGAUGUGAGUGAGGCUGGAAAAGUGUUAAAAGAAGUGAAACCAGAUGAAAAGAAAGCAAUGCCCAAUAUAGAAGAAAUGCAAUCUGUGUCAGUUUUGGAAAUUAGUGCAGAAACCAAGGAACAAAAUUAUGACAUUAAAGAAUUACCAUCAGUACAUAAUGUUGAAGCCAAACCAGUUAUUACUCCCCUUCACCUUGCUCAUGUCAACCAUCCCGAGGUAGCAGAGCAGGAAGGGAUUGUCCCUACAUUUGACACCACUGGUACUAGUCAUGCAAAACUUGAAUUUACACCACACACUUCAAAAUUAGUGAUUCAGCAACAACCUAAUAUACUUACAGGCAUAUUAAAAUCAGAACAACCUAUUCAUGCCUCAGGCAAGGUGGUAAUGGAGCCAGCUGCCCAUGUCUCAGGUUCGGAAGAAGUUGUUAUUGAAACAAUUGAGGAAACCGCAUCUAAAGUCACACCACAAGCUAUGCAGGCUCGUCGUCUUCUAGAUACACAACAGACUAUUUCUGUUAUGCAAGUCUCUGCUUUUAAUCAAGCAGAGGCAAUGGGUAAAGUUGCUAUGCCAUUGGCAGCAACAGCAAAGACUGUCCAAACAACUCAACAAAGCAUUAAUGUUCAUGAAGCUGAUUUAAGAGAAUCAUCAUCUAGUGUCACUCCUGAAAAAACUACAGAACAAAAAGCGACUGCUGUGUUUGAUCAAAGAGAACAUGUUACAGUUUCUGAAGUAAAGUCAGAUGAACUUCCAGCUGAAAUGAAGCAUGUGAGGAUUGAAGGUAAAGCUUUACCUGUAGUGAAGCCUCAUGAAACUGUCACUGUUUCAUCUGUUACUGUAGCAGAAAAUUAUGAAGAGUCAAAGCAUCCAACACCACGAAUGGAACAGGCUCAGCCUAUUGCAAUGCCCCAGGAUUAUGUCUCAGUUGAGGAGACUAAAGUUCAUGAAAGUUCAGGAGAAAUAAAAAUCAAGCAGCCAAUGGAAGAAAGAGCUACAACUUCUGUAUCAAAGCGUGAAUCUGUCAUGAUUUCUGAAGUAAAGACAGAGGAAAAACCAGUUUCCAUAAGAGAAAGAAGACCUUCCCAGGAAAGAGCUAAGCCAGCUGUUGUGAGACAAGAGCAUGUAAUUGUAUCAGAGACAUCAACAGUUGAAGCACCUGGAUUUGUAAAACAUCGCAGACCUUCUGAAGACAGAGCUAAAACAAUUCUUUCCCAAAAACAGUCAGUUAUUGUUUCAGAAGUUCAGUCAGAAGAAGCUCCUAAAUCUACAAAGCAAAGAACUCCAUCACAAGAAAGGGCAAGACAAGUAAUGUCAGAAAAGGAAUCUUUUGUUGUUCAAGAGGUUAAAGUACAUGAACUUCCAAAAGAUCUUCCAAAGGCCAAACCCAAGGAGGAUAAGGCUAAGAGAGUUAUUCCUCAACAGGAAUCCAUCUCAGUUCAAGAGACUCAAGUCGAGGUACACACUGGAGACAUUUCACAUGAAAAGCCAAAAGAAGAAAAAGCAAAGAAGAUAUUUGAAAAGCGUUCAUCAGUGGCUGUAUCUGAAGUCUCUAGUCAUGAAAUGGCUGUGAAGAUGCCUGAUUAUAAGCCUCAGAAGACUGAGUCCGCAAAAGCAAAAAUGGACCAUAUGGAAGUUGUAAGUAUUUCUGAAGUAACCCCUGAUGAAGCUCCUCACAUUGUACCUGAAGAGAAAAGAAAAACAGAAACUGCUACUAUGAUUCUCCCUCAAAUGAAGGAGACAAUACAGAUCACAGAGGUCUCUACUGAGGAAACACCACACAGUGUAGUUCAUGCUAAGAAGAAUGAACAGUAUGCACAAGUAGUCCUUAAACCAACAGAAUCAAUAAGUGUCUCUCAUACACAAGUACAUGAAUCUACUGAUGAAGUACGGAAGUUAAAGCAUGUGGAAGAAAGGGCUCAGACCAUCCUUCCUCAACAAGAUUCAAUUACAGUUCAAGAGAUAAAUGUAAAGGAAGAACCAGAAGAAGUAAGGGAACACAGACCUAAAACUGAAACAGCAAAAUCUAUACUUUCACCUCGACAAUCAAUUGCAGUGGAAGAGAUAACUGUGAAGGAAAGUCCUGGGUCAGUAUCUGAAGUUAAGCCAAAAACUCAACAAGCUACAUCAGUUCUCUCUGAGCACGAGUCCAUCACUAUCCAGGAAGUUAGUGUUAAAGAAUCUCCUGGUAAUAUAAAGGAUAUAAAGCCAAAAACGGGAACAGCAGAGACUAUCUUUACAACUCAAGAUUCUAUUGCUGUUCAAGAAGUUUCAGUGAAGGAGGCACCUGGUUCUGUUAAAGAUGUAAAACCCAAAGCAGAACUGGCUACAGCCAUCAUUUCCCCUCAUGAAUCAUUGACAGUUCAAGAAGUAUCUGUUAAAGAAGCACCAGGUGACAUGAAAGAAGCAAAACCAAAGCAUGAACAAGCCUCUUCAGUUUUAACUCCUCUGGAAUCCAUCAAUGUUCAUGAGGUUUCAGUGAAGGGUGCUACUGGAUCUUUGAAAGAUUUACUCAUAAGUACAGAGCAAGCUUUAGCUAAGAUAUCUCCUCAUGAAUCAAUAACAGUUGAGGAGGUUUCUGUUAGGGAAGCUCCUGGCUCAGUGAAAGAUGCAAAACCUAGGACAGAAAUGGCAACAUCAAUAAUUUCUCCUCAUGAGUCAAUCACUGUGCAAGAGGUAUCUGUGAAGGAUGCUCCAGGAGAGGUCAAGGACAAAAAGCCAAAGCAUGAGCAAGCUUUAUCUGUGCUCUCUCAACAAGAAUCCAUUAGUGUCCAUGAGGUGUCUGUAAAAGAUGCCCCAGGAACACUGAAGGAUUUGAAAUUAAGCCCAGAACAAGCCUCUUCAGUUUUAACUCCUCUGGAAUCCAUCAAUGUUCAUGAGGUUUCAGUGAAGGGUGCUACUGGAUCUUUGAAAGAUUUACUCAUAAGUACAGAGCAAGCUUUAGCCAAGAUAUCUCCUCAUGAAUCAAUAACAGUUGAGGAGUCAAUCACUGUGCAAGAGGUAUCUGUGAAGGAUGCUCCAGGAGAGGUCAAGGACAAAAAGCCAAAGCAUGAGCAAGCUUUAUCUGUGCUCUCUCAACAAGAAUCCAUUAGUGUCCAUGAGGUGUCUGUAAAAGAUGCCCCAGGAACACUGAAGGAUUUGAAAUUAAGCCCAGAACAAGCCUCAUCUAUCAUUUCGCCACAUGAAUCAAUUACUGUUGAAGAAGUUUCUGUUAAAGAAGCUCCUGGUUCUAUGAGAGAUGCAAAGCCUAAGACAGAAAUGGCAACAUCAAUAAUUUCUCCUCAUGAGUCAAUCACUGUGCAAGAGGUAUCUGUGAGGGAUGCUCCAGGAGAGGUCAAGGACAAAAAGCCAAAGCAUGAACAGGCUUUAUCUGUGCUCUCUCAGCAAGAGUCCAUCAGUGUGCAUGAAGUAUCUGUAAAAGAUGCCCCAGGAACACUGAAGGAUUUGAAGCUAACCCCAGAACAAGCCUCAUCUAUUAUUUCUCCUCAUGAGUCCAUCACAGUAGAAGAGGUUUCUGUAAAGGAAGCUCCAGGUUCUAUGAGUGAUGCAAAGCCUAAGACAGAAAUGGCAACUUCAAUUAUCUCUCCUCAUGAGUCAAUCACUGUACAAGAGGUAUCUGUGAGGGAUGCUCCAGGAGAGGUCAAGGACAAAAAGCCAAAGCAUGAACAGGCUUUAUCUGUGCUCUCUCAACAAGAAUCUAUUAGUGUCCAUGAGGUAUCUGUAAAAGAUGCCCCAGGAACACUGAAGGAUUUGAAGCUAACCCCAGAACAAGCCUCAUCUAUUAUUUCUCCUCAUGAGUCCAUCACAGUAGAAGAAGUUUCUGUGAAGGAAGCCCCUGGAUCUAUGAGAGAUGCAAAGCCUAAGACAGAAAUGGCAACUUCAAUUAUUUCUCCUCAUGAGUCAAUCACUGUGCAAGAGGUAUCUGUGAGGGAUGCUCCAGGAGAGGUUAAGGACAAAAAGCCAAAGCAUGAACAGGCUUUAUCUGUGCUCUCUCAGCAAGAGUCCAUCAGUGUGCAUGAAGUAUCUGUAAAAGAUGCCCCUGGAACACUGAAGGAUUUGAAGCUAACCCCAGAACAAGCCUCAUCUAUUAUUUCUCCUCAUGAGUCCAUCACAGUAGAAGAGGUUUCUGUGAAGGAAGCUCCAGGUUCUAUGAGUGAUGCAAAGCCUAAGACAGAAAUGGCAACUUCAAUUAUCUCUCCUCAUGAGUCAAUCACUGUACAAGAGGUAUCUGUGAGGGAUGCUCCAGGAGAAGUAAAAGAGAAAAAGCCAAAGCAUGAGCAGGCUUUAUCUGUGCUCUCUCAGCAAGAGUCCAUUAGUGUGCAUGAGGUAUCUGUAAAAGAUGCCCCUGGGUCUUUGAAAGAUUUGAAACUAAGCCCAGAACAAGCUUCUUCUGUUAUUUCUCCUCAUGAAUCAAUUACAGUAGAAGAGGUUUCUGUGAAAGAAGCACCUGGCUCAGUUAAGGAUAUAAAACCAAAGACUGAAAUGGCUACCUCCAUCAUAUCUCCUCAUGAAUCUAUAACAGUAGAGGAGGUAACUGUAAAGGAUGCCCCAGGAGAAAUGAAAGACAAGAAAUUAAAGCAUGAGCAAGCCACUUCAGUCUUUUCUCCACAAGAGUCAAUUAGUGUCCAUGAAGUAUCAGUAAAAGAUGCACCAGGAUCCAUGAAAGAUUUCAAACUGAAAACAGAACAAGCUUCAUCAGUAAUAUCUCCACACGAAUCUGUCACAGUGGAAGAAGUAUCUGUAAAAGGGGCAUCAGCAGAUUUCAGUGAUAGGAAACCACAGUCUGAGACUGCAACAUCAGUAUUUUCUCCACAGGAGUCUAUUGCUGUCCACGAGGUGUCAGUGAAGGAUGCCCCAGGUUCUUUGAAAGAUCUAAAAUUCAAAACUGAGCAGGCAUCUUCAGUCAUAGCUCCACAUGAGAGUGUCACAGUGCAAGAGGUGUCUGUAAAGGAAACAUUUACUGAUAUUACAGACAAAAAACCCAAAACUGAAACAGCAACAUCACUAUUGUCAACAAAGGAAUCAAUAGCCAUUCAUGAAGUUUCAGUAAGGGAUGCACCAGGUUCAAUGAAAGAUUUAAAACUUAAAACUGAACAAGCAACAUCCAGCAUAUCUCCUCAUGAGUCCCUGACUGUAGAGGAAGUGUCUGUAAAAGAGGCAUCAGCAGACCUCAGUGAACGAAAACCAAAAACAGAAAAAGCAACAUCAAUUCUUUCUCCUCAGGAAUCCAUAUCUAUCCAAGAAGUAUCUGUUAGAGAUGCUACAGGAUCUAUGGCAGAUAUUAAACCAAAGACUGAACAAGCAACAUCUAGUAUUUCUCCCCAUGAAUCGAUCACGGUAGAAGAAAUAACAGUGAAAGAAGCUCCAGGAGAUGUAAGUGAUAAAAAGCCAAAGACGGAGAAAGCUACUUCAAUAUUCUCACCACAAGAAUCCAUUGCUGUUCAUGAAGUGUCUGUUAAGGAUACUACAGGCUCAAUGAAAGACUUAAAACUGAAAAAAGAACAAGCUUCAUCAGUAAUUUCUCCUCAUGAAUCACUUACCAUAGAAGAAGUAUCAGUGAAGGAAACAUCUAAAGAGCUUAGUGAUGAAAAACCAAAAACAGGACUGGCAACCUCAAUCUUUUCUCCUCAAGAAUCCAUUGCCGUUCAUGAAGUAUCUGUGAAGGAUGCUCCAGGAUCCCUUAAAGAUUUAAAAUUCAAGACAGAACAAGCUUCAUCUGUCCUUUCUCCUCAUGAGUCUCUUACAAUUGAAGAAGUAUCUGUGAAGGAAGCAUCAGGAGAUCUGAGUGAUAAAAAACCAAAGACAGAGGUAGCAACAUCUAUAUUCUCUCCACAGGAAUCUAUUUCUGUCCAUGAAGUAUCUGUGAAAGAUGCUCCAGGUUCUAUGAAAGAUCUGAAACUGCAAACAGAGAAAGCAUCUUCUGUCAUAGCCCCUCAUGAGUCUGUUACAGUUGAAGAGGUAUCUGUCAAAGAAACAUCUGGAGACAUUAGUGAAACAAAACCAAAAACAGAAACAGCAACUUCAAUUUUCUCAACUCAAGAAUCUAUUGCUAUUCACGAGGUGUCUGUGAAAGAUGCCCCAGGAUCAAUGAAAGAUUUGAAAUUCAAAACUGAACAAGCAUCAUCUACAAUUUCUCCUCAUGAAUCUGUUACAGUUGAAGAAGUGUCUGUUAAAGAAACAUCCGGAGAUAUUGAAGAGAAGAAACCUAAAACGGAAAAAGCUACUUCUAUUCUUUCUCAACAGGAAUCCAUUAGUAUACAUGAAAUUUCUGUUAAAGAUGCUCCAGGUUCCAUGAAGGACUUGAAGCCAAUUACAGAGAAAGCAUCAGCUACUAUUGCACCACACGAAUCGGUAACAAUUGAAGAGGUUUCAGUCAAGGAAGCAUCACAAGAUCUGGACACCCUAAAGCCAAAACCAGAACUUGCAAAAUCUGUUUUGUCACCAAAAGAAUCGAUAGCAGUUCAGGAAAUUUCAGUAAAGGAGGCACCAGGUGACAUAGAAACUUUGAAGCCCAAAUCAGAAAAAGCACGAGUUACUGUAACAAAGAAAGAUUCCCUUCAGGUUCUAGAAGUUGCGUCUGAGCUUGCUCCAGACACUAUACCAGAAAGUCACAUGAUUGGAGACAAGGCAAAGGUAAUUGUCACAGAGGAUCUCCAACGGGCAGAUCAGGAAGAUGUUAUUGUGCUACGAGGUCCAAAGAAAGAAAAGAAGGUCAUUGAAGUAGUGGAGGAAUCAGAUGAAGAAGUUCCAGUUAUAAAGAAAGAAAAGAAGGAAGAAACAAUUGAGGAAAAAGUGAGUGAACCAGAAGAGAUUGAAGAAGUUACUGAAGAAGUAGAAGUUAAGAUGAAGCCAAAGAAGAAGCCAAAGAUCCAGACUGAAGAGACUGAAGAAGUUGUUCUUAAGAAACCUGAGGAGAAAAUACUUGAAGAAACCACAGAAGAUGUGCAAGUAAAAAUCAAACCAAAGAAAGAGCCUAAAGAAGAGGAAGAACAAACUGCUGAGGAAGUAAUAAUAAAGAAAGAUAAGAAAAAGGAAGAGAUCAUUGAGGAAGUCUCAGAAGAUGUAACAGUUAAAAAGAAACCAGAAAAGAAGCCUGAAGAAAAAGUUGUUGAAGAAGUUACAGAAGAGGUGCAAGUUAAGAUGAAAUCAAAGAAAAAGCCUGAAGUCAAGACUGAAGACAUUACUGAGGAAGUGACAGUCAAGAAACCUGAAGAAAAGAAGCCUGAAGAAAAGGUCGUUGAAGAGGUCACUGAAGAGGUGCAGAUCAAGAUGAAGCCAAAGAAGAAGCCUGAAGUCAAGACCGAGGAGAUUGCUGAAGAAGUGACGCUGAAGAAGCCUGAGGAGAAACCUGAAGAAAAGGUCAUUGAAGAGGUCACUGAAGAAGUACAGAUUAAGAUGAAACCAAAGAAAAAGCCUGAAGUCAAGACCGAGGAGAUUGCUGAAGAAGUGACUCUGAAGAAGCCUGAGGAGAAGCCUGAAGAAAAGGUCAUUGAAGAGGUCACUGAAGAGGUACAGAUUAAGAUGAAGCCAAAGAAGAAGCCUAAAGAGAUUGCUGAGGAAGUGACACUGAAGAAGCCCGAGGAGAAACCUGAAGAAAAGGUCGUUGAAGAGGUCACUGAAGAGGUACAGAUUAAGAUGAAACCAAAGAAAAAGCCUGAAGUCAAGACUGAGGAAAUUGCUGAGGAAGUGACUCUGAAGAAGCCUGAGGAGAAACCUGAAGAAAAGGUUGAAGAAGUUACUGAAGAGGUUCAGAUUAAGAUGAAGCCAAAGAAGAAACCAGAAUUUAAGACCGAGGAGAUUGCUGAGGAAGUGACUCUGAAGAAGCCCGAGGAGAAACCUGAAGAAAAGGUCGUUGAAGAGGUCACUGAAGAGGUGCAGAUCAAGAUGAAGCCAAAGAAGAAGCCUGAAGUCAAAACGGAAGAGAUUACUGAAGAAGUGACGCUGAAGAAGCCUGAGGAGAAACCUGAAGAAAAGGUUGUUGAAGAGGUCACUGAAGAGGUACAGAUUAAGAUGAAGCCGAAGAAGAAGCCUGAAUUUAAGACUGAGGAGAUUGCUGAGGAAGUGACUCUGAAGAAGCCUGAAGAGAAACCUGAAGAAAAGGUCGUUGAAGAGGUCACUGAAGAGGUGCAGAUCAAGAUGAAGCCAAAGAAAAAGCCUGAAUUUAAGACUGAGGAGAUUGCUGAGGAAGUGACUCUGAAGAAGCCUGAAGAGAAACCUGAAGAAAAGGUCGUUGAAGAGGUCACUGAAGAGGUACAGAUUAAGAUGAAGCCAAAGAAGAAGCCUGAAUUUAAGACCGAGGAAAUUGCUGAGGAAGUGACACUGAAGAAGCCUGAGGAGAAACCUGAAGAAAAGGUUGUUGAAGAGGUUACUGAAGAGGUGCAGAUCAAGAUGAAGCCAAAGAAGAAGCCUGAAUUUAAGACUGAGGAGAUUGCUGAGGAAGUGACUCUGAAGAAGCCUGAGGAGAAACCUGAAGAAAAGGUCGUUGAAGAGGUCACUGAAGAGGUACAGAUUAAGAUGAAGCCAAAGAAGAAGCCAGAAUUUAAGACAGAGGAGAUUGCUGAGGAAGUGACUCUGAAGAAGCCCGAGGAGAAACCUGAAGAAAAGGUCGUUGAAGAGGUCACUGAAGAGGUGCAGAUCAAGAUGAAGCCAAAGAAGAAGCCUGAAUUUAAGACCGAGGAAAUUGCUGAGGAAGUGACACUGAAGAAGCCUGAGGAGAAACCUGAAGAAAAGGUUGUUGAAGAGGUUACUGAAGAGGUGCAGAUCAAGAUGAAGCCAAAGAAGAAGCCUGUGACCAAAGAAGAAGAGGUUUCAGAAGAAGUUACAAUACAACAACCAAAAGAAAAGGUAGUUGAGGAUAUUACAGAAGAAGUGAAAAUAAAAAUGAAACCAAAGAAAGGACCAGAAAAGAAGACUGAGGAAAUUACCGAAGAAGUAACAAUUAAGACAACUGAGGAGCAACCUGAGGAGAAAGUCUAUGAAGAGGUUGUAGAAGAAGUUCAGUUCAAAUUGAAGCCUAAAAUGAAACCAAAGACUGAAUAUGAGGAAAUAUCUGAAGAGGUGACAAUCAAGAGAAAGCCUCAAGAAAAGGUGGAAGAGGUGACUGAAGAUGUGCACAUUAAGAUGAAGCCUAAACAACCAGAAAAGUUUGAGGAUGUAUCUGAAGAACUCACAAUAAGGAAGGAUGAACCCAUAGAAAAAGUAGCUGAAGAAGUGACUGAGGAUGUGCAUAUUAAAUUCAAACCAAAAAAGAAGGAACCCAUAAAACAUACAGAGGAAAUAAAUGAAGAACUUACAAUAAUCAAAGAACAAGAGCCAUCUGAGGAAGUACAGGAGGAGGAUGUUGAAGAUGUUCAGAUUAUACGAAAACCCAAAAGAAAGGCUGUUGUCAAAGAGGAAAUUUCUGAGGAAUUUGUCAUCCAGAAACCUAAAAAAACAGAAGAACCAGCUGAAGAAGUUACUGAAGAAUUUGAGGUUAAGAGACCUAAACCCAAGAAGCCAGAGGAUGUCUCAGAAGAAUUUGUAAUGAAGGAGGAAUCACCAGAACCAACUGUGGCUGAGGAAAUAACUGAAGAAGUUAGUAUCAAAAUGAAACCAAAGAAGAAGAAGCCAUUUGUAACAGAGGAAAUAAGUGAGGCUGUGACUCUUAAGAAACCAAGGGACAAAGAAGAAGAGCCAGAAGAAGUAAGUGAAUCUGUUGUUCUGAAGAGGAAAGAAAAACCGUUUGUGAGAGAGACUCAGGAGAUUUCUCAAGAGGUUGAAAUGAAGCUUAGGGAAGGUGAAAACUUUACCCAGGAGGAAACUACAGAAGAUGUGAGCAUUAAAAUGAAGCGGCCAAAAAAGAAAUACUCUGUGGCUGAAGAGACAAUUGAAUCCAAGAUGAUGAUCCAGGAAUCUGAUGAUGAGGAACCUGAAAUAAUUUACCAAGAAUUAGAUGAAGUUGAAGUAAUGCAGCAAUUGAUUGAUGAUGAAUCUGAGAUUGCUGAGGAGACUGUAGCAUUAAGAAAGCCUAAAAAGAAGGUAAUUGUAAGAGAUGAAGGUGAAGAGACAGUAACCAUCAAAAAGAAAAGAGUUGUUAAGAAAGAUGAUGAAACUGAUGCUCAAGUUACUCUUAAGGAACCAAAAUCACCUGAAGAGAUCCAAGAAUCUUUCCAGUUAAGACUUCCAAGAAAGAAGAAGUAUGUAGUAGAAGAAGAAGAGGAAGUUGAGGUAGGUGUAAAGCUUAGGAAAGAGCCAGAGUACCCAGAGUAUGAAAUUGGGGAAGAUGUACAGGAAACCUUUAAGAUUAAAGCUCGUGAACCAGAUGUCACUGAGGAAGAGGUUGAACAGUUCGAAGAUGUUGAGGGUGAGUUCACCUUUGGCCUACCACGCAAAGAAAAGCCAAGGUUAACAGAGGAAAUUGAAACUACUCAAAAGAUCAAGCUCCCUCCCCUACCCAAACAACCUCCUCUCUUCACCCAAGAGGAUGUCCAAAUGCAAAUUCAGGUUGCCCAGCAGACCCCCACAGAAGCAUAUGAACUUGCUCCACCUCUGCAAGUGAAGUUCAAUGACCAGCUGCGUGCCACAGCAACUUACGUGUGUGAGACAGACCAACAGAAUGCCAUGCACCUCGUUGAGGGUGAGCGUGUCUACGUGCAAGAAUCAACCAACAGUGACUGGUGGUUUGUCAAGAAACAUUUGACUUUGGAGCAAGGUUACGUUCCUGCUAAGCUUUUGGCAGAAGAGACCUCUUACACCCAUUAUGUCCAGCAGAAACUAGCAGAAAAGAUCAGCAAGCUCCCUGUGUUUGACAAACUGAAGAAGGGCCAAAAGGCAGAACCUCCUACAAUAGUGACUAAAAUCCAGCCAUCAAUAAUAGCUGAUGGAAAAGAAGCCCAGUUUGUCUGCAAGGUCCAGGGUACUCCACGACCUACUAUUACCUGGUUCAGACAGACUGCCAUUAUUAAGCCAUCUGAUGAGUUCCAGGUGUUCUACUCUGAUGACAACACUGCCACACUGGUCAUUAAGGAAGUAUUCCCUGAGGAUGCUGGUAUGUUCACCUGUGUGGCCAAAAAUGAAUUUGGCUACUCUUCUUGUAGUGCUGAGCUUGUUGUGGAAGGUCCUAUCAGUGACCAUGGUAGUGAGUCCAUGAUGGCCUCACGCCGUAGCCUGAGCAGAGAAUCUUCUGUCUGUGAUUACCUGGAGGGCAUUCCACCAACGUUUGCAGAUAAGCCAAAGAUCAAGACAGUUGAGGAAGGAGCUCAGCUUGAAAUGGAUGUCCGUCUUGUGGCCAUCCCAGAACCCGAGAUCACAUGGAAGAAGAAAGGACAGGUUAUCAGGGAUUCUCAGCAUCUACGCAUUGUGAAGCAGAAGGAUGUUCAUGCAUAUCGUUCUAUCAUUAUCAUCAAGGGAGUGAAGAAAGAGGAUGAAGGACAAUAUGAAGUUAUUGUCAAGAACCGUGAAGGAGAAGCCAGGAAUCAAAUUACACUUAAAGUUACUGCACCUCAGGGUCCUGCCUUCCAAGAGAAGUUUGGAGACCAGACUGUAGAGGCUGAGGGAACAAUUCGACUUGUUGCAAAGAUUCGUGGUGUCCCAGCACCUGAUGUUACCUGGAGCAGUACCUUCAAACGUGGUUUGGAGUCGUGUGUUGUUGAUGAGAACUCUGAAGUUAUUCUGGAGUGCCGCACCUCUAAGGAAAAACGGUGCACUUGGUACAAGGGUAACACUGAACUCAAGAGCAGUAGGACCAUGCACAUUGAGCAAGAAGGUCUUACUCAUCGUUUGGUUAUCCAGUCAGCUACCAUGAAUGAUUCUGGCAAAUACAGCUGCAAAUUUGACAACCAGUCUACUUUCUGUAACCUUACUGUGAAAGGUGUUGAUGACUUUGUUGAGAGGAUCCAAGAUGUUGAGGUCCAGGAAAGGGAACAAGCCAUCCUGCAGGUCGAAGUCAGCAGUGAGAAGGCCACUGUUACCUGGCACAAGGAUGGUGAGGAGAUCACAAGCAAGACAAAUCGCUUUAAGCUGGUCAGUGAGGGCAAGAGGAGGAAGCUGAUUCUUACAAGUGCCACCUUGGCUGAUGAGGGCGAAUACACUUGUGUCCUGGGUGACCAGGAAUGUACUGCUGAGCUCACUGUACGAGAACUGCCUGCUGAGAUUGUUAAAAAGAUGAAGGACCAAGUGGUCUCAAAGGGCAACAGAGCCACCAUGGAGGUUGAACUUACAAAGGGUGAUGCUGUCAUUACCUGGUAUAAGGAUGGUAAAGAAAUUCGUUUCUCUGAUCAUUACCAACUCUCCAUUGAUGGCAAGAUCCAGAGGUUAAUGGUGUAUAACUGUCAACUUGAGGACAGUGGUGUUUACCGUGCUGUUGUGGGCAAGAGUGAAUGUUCUGCCUCACUUAAGGUUGAGCUGCAAGCAGAGGGAGACUUCUCUAAGAAAUUACCAGCACAGAUGGAUGUGAAUUACAAGGCAGAUGCUACAUUUGUGGUUGAAAUCACAAAGGAAUAUGAUGUUAAGUGGUACAGGAAUAAUGAAGAGAUUGUAAGCUCUAACAAAUACAUCAUGAAGAAGGAAGCCAUGAAGAGAAUCUUAAUUGUUAAGAGUGUGACUCAGGCUGAUGCUUUUGAGUAUUCCUGCGUCCUUGGUAAAAUCAAGACAUCUUGCAGACUUAAUGUUGUCCUGAUGGAAACUGCUCCAAAGAUCGAGAAGCAGCACCAGAAGGCUGAAAUUGUUGUUACAAAGGGAAAAGAUGCUACUCUUACUGUGCCUUUUACUGCUACUCCAGUUCCCAGGAUCUCUUUGUACUACAAGGGUCAGCUUGUAGAAACUGCAAAGACACAGAAGAUCCUGCCUGCUAUAUCUGAGAAUGUGGCCAAUAUUACCAUAAAACAGGUAGAAAAUAUUGACUGUGGAGAGUAUAGGCUCAAGUUGAGCAAUGACUGUGGAGAUGCAUUUGCAGAGUUCACUGUUAAGAUCCUCGAUAAGCCGUCAUCACCUGGUUGUCCUGAGCCAAUGAAAGUUACCAAUGAUUCUGUAACCUUGCACUGGACCAUGCCUCAAGAGGAUGGUGGACGAGUUAUUAUCAAUUACAUAAUUGAAUACAGGACCAAGAGAGAAGAGAAAUGGAUUGUGUAUAACAAAGACUAUAAGGUUACUGAAAGCACUGUUGUGGUUCAGCAUCUGACUAAGGAUGAGGAAUACAGCUUUAGGGUUUCUGCUGUCAAUGAAAUUGGAACCUCUGAAGUCUCUAGGAGUUGUGGAUUUGUCAAGGUUUCUGAGCCAGUGAGGGCUGAACCUCCUAUGGUAAAGGAACAACUUCAGGCUGUUGUGAGUGGCCUUCAUCAAGAGGUCAUCCUUCGCUGUGUUGUUACAGCCACACCUGCACCCAAAAUUGAAUGGCUCAGAGAUGGCAAAGCUAUUUCUGGAUAUACUAAGUAUGAAAACUUCACUGCUACAUUCACAAUCAAGCAGACUAAUGAAGAUUCUGGUGGCAUGUACACCUGCCGUGCUAGUAAUGAAGCUGGUAUGGCAGAGUGUUCUGCUACUGUUGUCAUUCAAGAGGCACCAAGAUUUGAUUAUGAUGAAAAACAGCAGUGUCAACGUCUACAUGUGGGUGAAAGAUGGCAUGUCCCCAUUCAGGUCAUUGGCUAUCCAAGACCCAGGAUCAAUUGGUCUCGUAAUGACCAACCACUCAGUUCCUCUCAGCGCAUUGUGAUUCAUACUGAAGAAUCUGAGGGAAUGACAGAUAUUGCCAUUCAGAAGUUGUCAAUGGAGGAUUCUGCUGUGUAUACCUUAACAGCAGAAAAUUCUGCUGGACGAUCUCAGCUGAGCUUUAAUCUCAGAGUUGUUGAGCGCCCAGCACCACCUAUGGGACCUCUCAGGGUUAGUGAAGUGACUUCUUCAUCACUGAGACUAACAUGGGAAGCUUCACCCUAUGAUGGAGGUAUGGAGAUCACUUCCUACUACAUUGAAAAGCUUGAGAAGACCCAGAAGCAUUGGCAGAAGGUAGCAGAGGUUAACGCUUCUGUGAGGACAUAUGUUGUCAUGGAGCUGGUUGAAGGACAUGAAUACAUGUUCAGGGUGUUUGCUGUCAAUGCUCUUGGAAUUUCUGACUCCCUGGAGGUUUCUGAAACCAUUCUCAUCAAGAGUCCAUUUGACAAGCCAGGUCCUCCAAUUGGUCCCUUCGACGUGAACAACAUUACCGAAUCAUCCAUUUUGCUACACUGGGAUGAGCCUGACUCAGAUGGCGGUUCACCUAUCACUCACUACAUUCUGGAAAAACGUGAAUCCACCAAGAAAGCAUGGACAAAGGUUGGCCAGACCUCAGCAGAUGUCACCCAGAUGGAGGUUUCCGGGCUGAAGAGAGGUGUUGGCUACUGCUUCAGAGUGUUUGCAUUCAAUGCAGUUGGUCAAGGACCUCCUCUACAGCCUGAAGAGCCGAUCACAGCAGGCAAGAAGAUCACUCCUCCAUCAAAGCCCAACAGCCUUCAGGUGAUAGAUGUUACUACCAAGACUGUGACCCUUGCUUGGGCACCUCCAACUACCACAGGAGGAGCUGACCUGAUGGGUUACGUAAUUGAACGAAGACUGAUCUCAGAAAAGAAAUGGGAGAGGGUUGACACUGUGGAUGCUUCUGUGACUUUGUACUGUGUAGAGAACUUGCAAGAAAAAUCUGAAUAUGAGUUCAGAGUGUUUGCUGAGAAUCCAGUCGGUCUUAGUCUAGAAGCUGCAAUGACAGAGCAAGUCAGGCUUAAGACUCAUGCAAUGCCACCAUCACCACCAACUGCACCACUGGAAGUUCGUCCUACAGGCCCCAAUAGCCUCAUGAUUGAGUGGGGAGCACCUGAGAGCGAUGGUGGUGCUCCAUUGUUAGGAUAUAUCAUUGCCAUCAGAGACAUCAAGAGAACCAUGUGGAUUGAAGUAGGCCAAGUUGGAGCCAACUUCACUAGGUUACACAUCAAAGAGUUGCAGGAGGAGCACGAGUACCAUGUCAGAGUGUUUGCUCGUAAUGAAGUGGGCACAAGUGAUCCUCUGGAAACUGAAGAUCCUGUGAAGGUCAUCCGGCCAGCUGACUUCACGGAGCUGCCUGAGGAUGAUAAUGCGCCUUCACUGUCCUACUCCACGACGGAGACACUCUCCUGGAUGCGGGAGGCUGGCAUGGACGCCGAUAUCUACUCUUAUGCUCGUGGUCGCCUCCUGAACAGAGACGAAUACUUCUUCAAAGUCUGGCACCGCGGGAUGGACAAAUACGAAGAGAAAAAAUAAUAUGUCAGAAAUAUUUUUAUUAUAAUUUUUUAAUAGGAAACUCUUAGUUAAGUACUGUAUUGUUGAAAAUAUAAUUUUAUUUGUUAAUUUCUGUUAAUGUAUAUUGCCGAUUACGGAGACAUGUCUCCUUUGAGAUGAGCAGGUGAUGGGGUUGGUGUCCAAUCUCUCACUUGUUAUGGAGAAUACCCUUUUAAGGAACUGAAGUUGUACUUACUAUUUACUGAUGAUCGUCAUAUUUUUGUCAGUGAUUCUCGAUUAUGUGUACUAUAACGGCUCCAGGUGUCCACAAUAAGGAGGAUACCGGAAGCCACCCUUGGAAGACUUGUGCGCCAUAAGGUGUUCGGUCCUGGACUUCCCAGUAGGAACUUUCGCUCUGGUCCUGUUUUGACAUCAUCAUCAUUACCCUGAGAUGUUCACCUGUGCACCCAGUAAAACAGACCCGGAAGUUUCUAGCUGUGAUAUUCCCAAAUGGCCCAAAUAUACCAUCAUAUAGAUAUUUUCUUUUAGUAUUGCGGGCCUAAAUUCCAACCCGUGGACCAAAUCUUGUGGCAGUACAACUCUAAAUGACUUUGAUACACGAAUCCCUUAUUUUGUGUACUGUAUAGAUUUUGUCAUUGUAUUGUCUUGCUCGUGACUCAGGAUUAAAUGUAAUCAUUUCUAUUUAUAAAUGAUCGUAUCACUGAACGCGAAUGUGUCCAUAUUAGUCUCAUCAUAAAUAUGUAUGACCUUAGCUGUUUUGUGGUGAAUGUACUGUGAUAAGCGAAACUUACCUAAGUCGACUGCGUGCUUGCAUAAGAAAAUAUCUAUUGUUUUUUUUUCUUGUGUUGCCUUGUUUAUUUCCCCAAAUUUUGUGACCUAGCUGACAAGCCUUAGUGAACAUUGUGUGUCAGGAGCCAUACUGCUGCUGCGAAAAACUACCAUCUCUUUGGCCCGACCACAAAGUCCAGUAAGUUUUGGCGGCCAAGGUCAGCUUACUAAAGUCAAGUGGAUGGUCACUGUUCUUUCACAAAUGCUGCUGCAACAUAUAACCAUCAAUACUUUUGUGGGGCAGUGGCGAUUCACUUGGCUGCCAGUUUGACUAGGCUUGUUGUGUAGAAUGAUGAUAAUAAACGGUUUAGCUGA